AUUACUCAAAAUUGUGAAAUUGAAAGCCAAUAAUUCCACAAAAGAUGACCUCAAGCAGUCAUUCGCCUCAUGGCGUAAUACAAAGGAAAGUCACAUGUCAGAAAUCGUCAAAAAAAAUCGAAAUUCGAGAAAACAUCAACCUGUCCCAACUUGUAAGCACCGUUCAUUCAAGUAAAUUCCUUUUCUUUCGGCUAUGUGGGAGUCUUAUGUUGUCAGUGGUGGGCGUGCUGAAGAUGUCCAACAAAUACGCCAGCGAUGAUCAAAUGUAGCGCUAAUAAAUGACUUUUUAGCCAAACGCUGCUGCCUGCACCGCACGCACCGCCCGCAACUGCUGCGCAGCCGUCGCCACCUUCCACAGCCUACUCUAGAAAUUGCGGCAAUAAACUUGAUUCAGCCGAAAAUACCCAGCCAAGGCAGACAAAAAAAACAUAUCGCUUAAGCGAUUCCAUUUCCAAGCGGCCUCUGCAAGCAGUCAACUUUAGUUCGUACGAAAAACAACAAUAUCAACAACACAUCAAUGACUUUUAUUAGCGCGCUAAUGCAGAGGCAGCAUGAGCAAUGGACGGAGAAGCAGAAGAGGCAGGCGCAAAGGCAGAAAUAGUACUAGUUGAUAGGGAAAGAUGUGGGCGCCGCAAAAGGUGAAGCGAAAAGUAGUAGUCGUUGUAGACGGCAGUGGCCAAAAAUGGACCACAGGUUUGGUGCGCUUUGGUGCGCGGGUUGAGCGCGCGCCCGCGUAGGCUAAGAAGUCAGCGCGCAGCGUUUAUUGCCUAACAGCAAACGAGCAAAUAGCAAAUACACGCACACACACCGACAACGCGAAUAUAAUUUCAAAUAUGUAUACUAAGUGUGUGUGUGUGUGUGUGGCGAAAAAGAUUAAGGUGCGCUCAAGUGCAGAAACACACACCGUUAAACCCACACGCUAGCGCGCAUGCAUAUCCACACACACAUAUACACAUACGCAAGCAUUAGCUAUUGUGUCGCCUCACACUCGUCUAAGUUGUUGCGCUCUGCACUCUCGCCGCGCUCUUUGCAAGCGCCUAAAGCCAACAGCCAACUGCUAACACUGCCGUCAACGCCGCCGCUGCGCUGACUAAGUUGGCCAAGUUGGCUGCUCGCUUCGGUGACUUCAUAGCGCUUAGCUUUCGGUGCGUCGCCGUGCCACGGAGCUUUGUACAUUCAGUUCGCCAACGGCGCGCGUACGGUGCGGAUCUCUUUCUUUGCUUUGAACGGACGUUUGCGUGUCAUAUAAAUACAUACAUACAUAUAUAUACCUACUCAACUGCCAAUACUCACAUACAUAUAUAUAUAUAUAUAUAUAAUAUAUUCGCUGGAGUAUACAUUCAAAGUGUUCAAGUAAAGUGAAAGAUUCCUCUGCAAAGUGCCUAUAAAAUAGAGAAAUUCUUUGAAAAUUCUGCAAAUAGUUGAGCCUCGCAACAAAGCAAAGCUACAUUUAAAUUGUGUUCAGAAAUUCGACGGCGAAAUCGUAUUUUGUUCGUCGAAUUCAAAUAGUUAAUUGUGUUCAAACGUGUGUCUGGUGUUUGGAAUUUAAAUGAGAAAUUCAUAAAUCCUCUUAAUUUUUCAUCCUUCCCUUCCCAAUUGCAGUGAAAGUUUCGAUUUGCACGAAGAGCAAAUUCAAAUCAAUUCUACAGCAAUAGAAAACAACACAACUAAGAAAUUCAUAAAAUAAUUUGAAAAUAAAGUGCAAAAAAUUUACAACAGCAAAAAUUUGCAAAGUUAAGAAAAUUUGUGUUCAAGUAAUAGUCGGAGCGCUGUGCGCGGUCUCCAAGCAAAGAUUUUGGAUUUCGAUUUGGAAUUAACUGUGUCUCGAAGCGUGUGUCUCGCUGUGUGUGUGGAGUAGCGCGCGGCCGGUGACAGAAUGUAUUAAAUCCGGAUUCGAUUGCAAGAAAGUUAUGCAAAAAUGAGAAUAUUUUUGCCACUAGUCACGUGGAUAGUGCUACUUUCGAGUACAGUACAUUCACAAAUCAAAACAAUACGAUCGGACCAAGCGCAUUUGAAAAAUAGCCGUUUUGGUGGCGAAGUAUUUUUUCUAAAUCUUGAAGAUGGCUACUUUGGCUGUCAAGUUAAUGAGUCUACAGAUUAUUUACAAUUAUUCGAAUUAUCGAAAUUAUGCGACGGCAGGCGAGAUUGUUUUCUCGGUGCCGAUGAGCUGAGAGAGGAGCUCAAAUGCACAAAUGACUGUGAUAAGGAUGGCACUCAGUGCACGAAUGGUGUUUGCUUAAAUGGCGUUUGCCAUUGCAACGACGGUUUUGGCGGUUGCAAUUGCAGUGAGCGAGAUGAAAACGAGUGCAAAUAUCGUCCAUGCGAUGUGUUUGCGCACUGCAUCAACACGCUUGGCAGCUUCACGUGUACCUGCUUUCCCGGCUACCACGGCAAUGGGCUUCACUGCGAAGAUAUCGACGAAUGCCAAGAUCCUACGAUAAGAGCGCGUUGCGUCGAGAAUGCCGAGUGCUGCAAUCUGCCAGCGCACUAUCUCUGCAAAUGUAGGGACGGCUAUGAGGGUGACGGCGAGGUGCUGUGCACAGACCUCGACGAGUGCCAAAGUCCCACUGCCUGCGGCACGGGUGCGCAAUGCAUCAACACGCCCGGCAAUUACACCUGCGCAUGUCCCGAAGGCUAUCAUGGCGAUCCAUAUUACAGCUGUACGGACAUCGACGAGUGCACACAUCCGAAUGCCUGCGGUCCAGGCGCCAUCUGUACGAACCUCGAGGGCGGUUAUCGCUGCGACUGCCCGGAAGGUUACGACGGUGAUGCGCGCUCCGCCAACGGCUGUGCCGACUAUGAUGAGUGUGCGCGUUCGCCAUGCGGCCGUAAUGCGCAAUGCCUGAAUACGGACGGUAGCUUCAAGUGUAUCUGCCCCGAUGGCUAUGCGGGUGAUCCCAGUCAAGGUUGUGAAGACGUCGACGAGUGCUCCACUAACAAUCCAUGCGGUUUGGGUGCUGAAUGCGUGAAUAUUGGCGGUAGCUUUGCGUGCCAUUGUCCGCCCGGCUAUGCGCUCGAAUUCGAACGGGAGUAUAGUCUGGGUGGCGGCGGCAUCUAUGGCGGCAAUGGCACAACACUAAGGGUAACCGGCGCCGGUUUAGCUUGUGUCGAUAUAGAUGAAUGUAAUAUGGAUAAUGGUGUGGCCAAGUGUGGCACAAACGCAAAAUGCAUUAACUUUCCGGGCUCAUAUCGUUGCUUAUGCCCGAGCGGCUUCCAAGGACAGGGGUAUUUGCAUUGUGAAAACAUCAACGAGUGCCAGGACAAUCCUUGUGGAGAAAAUGCGAUCUGUACCGACACCGUCGGCAGCUUUGUAUGCACCUGUAAAUCGGACUACACCGGUGAUCCCUUCCGCGGCUGCACGGACAUUGAUGAGUGCACCGCACUGGAGAAACCCUGCGGCACGCAUGCCAUAUGCGAAAAUGCCGUACCCGGCUACAACUGUAAGUGUCCACAGGGCUUCGAUGGCAAACCUGACCCGAAAGUGGCCUGCGAACAGGUCGAUGUGAAUAUACUAUGUCGCAGCAGUUUCGAUUGCACCAACAAUGCUGAAUGUAUUGAGAAUCAAUGUUUCUGUUUGGAUGGCUUCGAACCGAUUGGAUCCAGUUGUGUGGACAUCGAUGAAUGUCGCACGCAUGCGGACGCCUGUGGCGUGCACGCACAAUGUAUAAAUACGCCCGGCUCGUUCCGUUGCGAUUGUGAGGCUGGCUUUGUGGGCACACCGCCGCGCAUAGCUUGUAAGGAACCCUGUGAGGAUGUGCACUGUGGCGAGCAUGCUUACUGCAAACCGGAUGGCAAUGAGGCUUAUUGUAUUUGCGAAGACGGUUGGACUUUCAAUCCCAGUGACAUCUCAGCCGGUUGUGUGGAUAUUGACGAAUGUGAUGCGGUACAUGGUCCCUUUGGCAGUUGUGGCGUCAAUGCGACGUGCACGAACACGUUGGGUAGCUUUAGUUGUGCCUGUCCAUCAGGCUUUUCCGGCGAUCCGCAUGCCAAAUGCGUCGACGUGGAUGAAUGUCGCGUGGGCAAUAAGUGUGGUGAAGGUGCGGAAUGUGUUAAUAUGAAUGGCGGCUAUACCUGCCGUUGUCCAGCCGAUUCGAUCGCCGAUCCAGAUCCCACAGUGCGUUGUGUACCAAUUGUUACGUGCGCUUCAAACAACGACUGUCCCGGCAAUGCGAUUUGCGAUGCGGAAAAACGUUGUCUAUGCCCACAGCCCAAUAUCGGCAAUGACUGUCGUCAUCCUUGUGAAGCGGUUAAUUGCGGCGCACAUGCACAGUGCAUGUUGGCCAAUGGUCAAGCGCAAUGCUUGUGUGUUGAGGGUUACACGGGCAGCCCCAAUACACCCGGCGGUUGUAAUGAUAUCGACGAAUGUAAGACGAAUCCAUGUCAAGCAAAUGCUAUCUGUACCAAUACAGCUGGUGGUUAUCUUUGCCAGUGUCCAAGUGGCGCAAGCGGUGAUCCCUACCGUGAGGGCUGCACCGCAGGAAAAGUGGCAUUCACUUGUUCUGACUCGAAUCCCUGCUCGCCGGGUGAAACCUGCGUCACAGACUCAUAUACCGGUAGUGGUGUGUGUAUUUGUCGUCAAGGCUACGAACGUAAUGCAGAGUCAGGUCUCUGUCAGGAUGUGGAUGAGUGUUCGCCAAAUCGUCAGAAGGCGGCUUGUGGCCUUAAUGCGCUUUGUAAAAAUCUACCCGGUAGUUAUGAAUGUAAAUGUCCACAAGGCUUUAGCGGCAAUCCCUUCGUUAUGUGCGAGCAAUGCAAGUCACCGGAAUGUCAAUGUCAACCACCCUACAAGUUGGUCGGCAACAGUUGUAUACUCGCCGAUUGCUCAAAGGAUAAGAAAUGUCCGAACGGUGCUGAAUGUAUUUCAAUCGCUGGUGGCGUUAGUUACUGUGCCUGCCCGAAAGGCUAUAAGACCGGACCGGAUGGUUCAUGUGUUGAUGUGAAUGAAUGUGUGGAACGUGACUCACAAGUGUGCGCUUUUGGCGCUGAAUGUAUUAAUAUACCCGGCGGUUUCACGUGUGCAUGCCCUGAGGGCUAUAACGGCGACCCUUACCAUGGACUCUGUGCGCCAGCGCAACGUAAAUGCGCAGCCGAUAAGGAAUGUGGCACAAAUGAGAAAUGCGUACAACCUGGCGAAUGUGUCUGUCCACCACCAUUCUUCUUGGAUCCCUACGACAACAACAAAUGUAAAAGUCCUUGCGAGCGUUUCCCUUGUGGCAUCAAUGCCAAGUGUACACCAACCGAUCCGCCACAAUGUAUGUGUGAACCGGGAUUCAAAGGUGACCCGCUUAUGGGUUGUACCGAUGAGGAUGAGUGUGCGCACUUGCCUUGCGCUUAUGGCGCUUACUGUGUUAAUAAGAAGGGCGGUUAUCAAUGUGUUUGCCCGAAAGGUUUUACAGGUGACCCAUACAAGAGCGGUUGCAUACUGGAGACCGGCGUACCGAAGAGUAAAUGCACUGCCAACGAAGACUGUGCAAGCAAUUUGGCUUGCGUUGAAGGCACUUGUGUGUCGCCAUGCUCCAGCUUACUUUGUGGACCCAAUGCAUUCUGUGAGACUGAAAACCAUGCCGGCUGGUGUCGUUGCCGCGUCGGCUAUAGUAAAGAUCAAAACGGCGAUUGUGUAUCACAAUGUAAGGAUAUUAUUUGUGGAGAAAGCGCACUCUGCAUACCAACGGCAGAGGGCCCAACAUGUAAAUGUCCACAAGGUUCCUUCGGCAAUCCAUUCCCAGGUGGCUCGUGCUCAACCGAUCAAUGUAGUGCCUCACGUCCGUGCGCUGAGCGUCAAGUUUGUAUCAAUGGCCGCUGUAAGGAACGCUGUGACGGUGUGGUUUGUGGCAUUGGUGCCACUUGUGACAGGAAUAGUGGCAAAUGUGUUUGUGAACCCAACUUUAUCGGCAAUCCAGAUCUCGUGUGUGUACCGCCUGUUAAAUAUGCUGAAUGUGAACCGAAGUGUGGCGACAAUGCGCACUGUGAGUAUGGUUUCGGCAAUAGCGUAUGCGCUUGCAACCCCGGCACAACAGGCAACCCCUACGAAGGUUGUGGUCCACAAAACAAAAAUAUUUGCGCGCCCAAUAGUUGCGGUACGAAUGCUGAAUGUCGUGCUGAUGGCCAACAAAUCAGUUGUAUUUGCCCACAAGGGUUCACGGGUAACGCCUACGUAGGCUGUCAAGAUGUAGAUGAGUGUGUGAACAAACCUUGUGGUCUCAAUGCGGCCUGUCUCAAUACACACGGCGGUUUCGAGUGUCUCUGCCUAUCCGGAUUCGCUGGUGAUCCGUUCAGCAGCUGCCAACCUGUCGAUACUACAUUCUGUAAUGAUGCUGAUAGAUGCGAAUGUAACGCACGAGUCGAAUGCCCCGAUGGCUACACUUGUGAGAGCGGUAAGUGCAAGAAUCUAUGCUCAAAGACUGCCUGCGGACCAAGAGCUGCCUGCGAUGGCGGUAAAUGUAUUUGUCCACUCGGUUAUAUCGGUGAUCCAUACGACACCACUAGUGGCUGCACCAUCCGUGGUCAAUGUAACAACGAUGCCGACUGUAAGCUCUCGGAAAUUUGCUUCCAAUUGGGUAAAGGUUUGCGCAAAUGUGUUGAUGCCUGCUCAAAGAUUCAGUGCGGUCCGAAUGCGCUUUGCGUGUCAAACGAUCAUCGUUCGUCUUGUAUCUGCACUGAUGGUUAUUUCGGCAAUCCAAGCAAUCUACAAGUGGGUUGCCAACCCGAACGAAAAGUACCAGAUGAAGAGGAUAAAUGCAAAUCGGAUAAUGACUGUGAAGCGGGCUACUCGUGUACACCCGACAUGCACGGCACCAAGGAAUGCAUCAACCGUUGCUCAAAGGUCGUUUGUGGCACGAAUGAAGUGUGCCAUAUUGAUGCGAAUGGACAUGCGUUAUGCAAUUGCGCAGAUAGCUUUGUUUGGAAUCCCGUCACAUCAUCUUGUGAAAAGCCUUCACUGCCUGACUGUACUAGUGAUACGGACUGCCCAGCUGCUUCUGCCUGUAGACCCGACGUGGUCGGUGUACUCAAGUGUGUCUCAAUCUGCGAUGAAUUUACAUGUCCGGCCAAUUCGGUUUGUGUAGCGCGUAAUCACGAAGGACGCUGUGAUUGUCUAACCGGCUAUGUUGGCAAUCCAAACGAUCGAAAUGGCUGCCAGCCUGUGACGAAGAAUCAAUGUCGCACCAAUGCUGAAUGUGCCGAAUCGGAAGCAUGUGUAAAAUAUGGACCUACUGAGAGUCUGACUUGCCGACCAGCUUGCGAGAGUGUUAAAUGCGGUCCACGUGCCGUAUGCAUUACUAAUAAUCACAUCGCUCAGUGUCAAUGUCCACCAGGACCAUAUGCUGGUGAUCCAAAUGAUCCAUUCAAUGGCUGUCAGAGCGUACCAUGUGUCUACAAUCACGACUGUCCACCAACCAAAAUGUGUAACCGUAUGACACAUACCUGCUACGAUGUCUGCGAUGAAGAAUCCUGUGGAGAGAACGCCAUUUGUAUUGCUGAAGAUCAUCGUGCCGUAUGUCAAUGUCCACCAGGCUUCAAAGGAAAUCCCAUGCCCGAAGUUGAGUGCACAAAAGUAAGCGGCUGUCAGCCCGGCACAUGUCAUCAUUCUGCCAUAUGUGAGGUCACACCAACUGGACCAAUGUGCCGCUGUCCGGAAAAUUUCAUUGGCGAACCCGAAACAACCGGCUGUCGUCCAGUUGGCCAAUGUCCAAAUGGUGAUGCCGAUUGCCCAGCGAAUACCAUUUGCGCUGGUGGUCGUUGCAUUGAUCCCUGUGAGAACGCUUGCGGUCAGAACUCGGAAUGUAAGGUGGUUAAUCGCAAACCAGUUUGCAGUUGCCCAUUGAAAUUCCAACAAAACGGUGAAUCACCUAAAGAAGGUUGUGUACGUUCAGUGUCUAGAUGUAGGUCAGACAUCGACUGUGGCGGUGAUAUUUGCUAUAAUGGACAAUGUCGAGUAGCUUGCCGUAAUGCAGACGACUGUUCGGUAGGUGAAAAAUGUUUGAGCAAUAUUUGUGUAAUACCCUGCUUGGAUCACAGUCAGUGUACAUCGGGUUUGGCCUGCUUGGAUGGCCUUUGCGUUCUUGGCUGUCGCAGCAAUAAGGAUUGCCCAUCGGACCAAUCAUGCAUCAACAAUAAAUGUGCCGAUCCCUGCAAAACAGGCGGCAUUUGCGGUCCCAAUGCGCUCUGCAGCAUCGACAAACAUCUCAGCCAGUGCACUUGUCCCGAAGGAUUCGAGGGUAAUCCCACACCGGAUCAAGGUUGUGUGCGUGUACCGGCGCCAUGCUUGGCUACCAAUCAAUGCCCAAGCAGUCAUAUGUGUAUCGGCAACCAAUGUAAUUUGCCAUGUCAGAAGACAACGGCUUGCGCAAUCGGCGAACGUUGCUACCAAAAUGUUUGUCGCAAAGUUUGUUACACAAGCAACAACUGUUUGCCUGGUGAGAUUUGUAAUAAUGACGGCACUUGCCAACCUGGCUGUGACUCCGAUGCUGAUUGUCCACCUACAGAGCUCUGUCUCAGCGGUAAAUGCAAAUGUGCUGCCGGUUUUAUUGGCACACCAUUCGGUUGUUCAGACAUUGAUGAAUGUACUGAGGAGCCUUGUCAUCCCACUGCACGUUGCGAGAAUCUCCCCGGUUCUUAUCGCUGUAUUUGCCCCGAAGGAACAGUGGGUGAUGGUCUAACUCAACAAGGUUGCAUUAAACCAAAGGAAUGUUAUAAGGAUGACGAUUGCGCGAACAAUCUAGCCUGCGUUAACGAUAAGUGUACAGAGCCCUGCAGCAACACCACUUGUGGACCGAAUGCGCUUUGCAAUGCAGAAAAUCAUCAAGCCUCUUGUUAUUGCCCACCCGGACAUUUGGGUGACGCAAGCGAGCAUACAGUCGGCUGCUUCAAGGUCGAAUGCAUCGUCAAUGAGGACUGUGCCAGCGAUAAGGCUUGCGAUGACGAGACUAAUCGUUGCAUCAAACCAUGUGAUCUUAUUUCUUGCGGCAAAGGCAGUUGUAGUGUUGCAAAUCAUCAAGCUUUAUGUACUUGCUACGAAGGUUACCAGCUCGUAAACAACAUCUGCGAAGAUAUCAACGAAUGUCUCUCUCAACCUUGCCACAGCACAGCUUUCUGCGAAAAUCAACCCGGCACAUACCAAUGCCAAUGUCCGGAAGGUCUUAUCGGCGAUCCAAUUAAUGUGGGUUGUCGCGAUCCCAACGAAUGUCUCACCGACUCCGAUUGUCCUUCAAGCGCAAGCUGUCAAAAUGCACGCUGUCGUAGCCCAUGUGAACGCGAGAAUGUCUGCGGUCGUAAUGCCACCUGUUUGGCACAAUCACACAAUGCCAUUUGCGCUUGUCCACCCAAUUCACGUGGUGAUCCAUCCAUUGAAUGUGUCUACACCGAGUGCUCGGAGAACGAGGACUGUGCCAAUGAGAAAGCCUGCAUGGACGCCAAAUGUAUUGAUCCCUGCGCUCUGCCAAAUGUUUGUGGCACUAAUGCGCGCUGCACUGCCCAGAACCAUAUCGGAGUUUGUACUUGUGAAAGUGGCACAACGGGUGAUGCACAGCUCGGCUGUGUCGCGCUACAAUACUGCAACACAGACAGUCAGUGUGCUUCGGGCACAAUAUGUACCAACGGCAUCUGCGCUUCGCUCUGUAGUUCCGUGCGUGAUUGUAUCUCGGAUCAAUUGUGCAUACAAGGCGUUUGUCAGCCCACAUGCCGUUCGAACUCUUCAUGCCCCGAAUUCCAAUAUUGUCACAAUAGCAUUUGCACCAAGGAGGUGCUUUGUCGCAACGACGACGACUGUGAUGUGAACGAGAACUGUAUACAGGAUACCUAUGGACGCGCUUCAUGUGAGAAUGUUUGUCUGGGACGCGCACUUUGCGGACGCAAUGCUGAGUGUAUAGCACAUAGCCACGCGCCCGAUUGUGAAUGCAAGGAAGGAUUCUUCGGUGAUCCGAAGAGUGGUUGUCGAAAGAUCGAAUGUUCUACGGACGCAGAGUGCUCCAACGAUAAGACAUGCGAUGACCAUAUGUGUAAAAUAGCUUGCCUUAUCGGUGAACCUUGUGGUGAGAAUGCCCUAUGUACCACGGAAAAUCAUAAACAAGUCUGUCACUGUCAGCCUGGCUUUACCGGAGAUCCGCGCAUACGUUGUGACGUUGUCGACUUUUGUAAGGAUGCGCCUUGCGGUCCGGGUGCACGUUGCCGCAAUUCGCGUGGUUCAUUUAAAUGUACUUGCCCUCCCGGUUUGGUUGGUGAUCCCUACAAUGAAGGUUGUCGCACCGCGGUGGAGUGUGAAACUAGCGAAGAUUGUCCCCCGCAUGCUGAAUGCACCAAAAUUAACGGUAUAUCCAAAUGUCAAGAUGUUUGUGCGAAUGUUAAAUGUGGCACGAAUGCCGAAUGUAUACCUAAGGGUCAUCAAGCUCAUUGUGCAUGCCGUAAUGGUUACGACGGCAAUCCCGCUGAUCGGAUUGCCGGUUGUAAGCCACUACCCGUACCAUGUCAAAUGACCAGCGACUGCCCGACCAAUACCUACUGUUCGGAUAGUAUUUGUAAACCUGCCUGCAUACUCGACACGGAAUGUGGCGCUACGGAAGUAUGUCAAGGUGGUCAAUGCGUGAAUCCCUGCCUGCAGGCACAAGCUUGUGGCAUGAAUGCUGAAUGCCACAUACAGACACACUACAAACAAUGCACCUGUCCAGCUGGUUUCACCGGCAAUCCGGAGGUGGAAUGUGUGCGCAUACCGGUGGCUUGUAAUAGUGAUGUGGAAUGCCACGAAGGCUAUAACUGUCAUGACUCAAUGUGCCAACCUGCUUGUCAUAGCGACCAAGAUUGUGCCUUGAAUGAGAAGUGUCUACGCGGUAGCUGUAUGCUAACCUGUCGCGUGGACAACGACUGUUUCCUGGGACAUGUUUGUCUACAUAAUAAAUGCGUUUAUGGUUGUCGUACCGACGAUGAUUGUAGCGCAUCCGAGUCCUGUCGUCAUGAUAAAUGCCUUAAUCCCUGCCUAGAUAAUCCUUGUGGUCCCAACGCUGCCUGCUCCGUAUCGAAUCAUCGUGCUAUUUGCAGCUGUCUGGAUGGUAUGGUACCGAAUCCAACACCGCAAGUCGGUUGUGUACGCAGUCCACCGCUCGAUUGUAAUGAGAAUCGUGACUGUCCGAAUGGUCUGGCUUGCUUUGAGUUUGCCUGCCGUCCUUUGUGUGCUGAUAACGCCGGUUGUCUUACGAAUGAACGCUGUCAAGGUGGCGUCUGCAAGCCGCUUUGUCGACGUGACGACGAUUGCCGCGGCAGCGAAGUAUGUUUGGGAUUAAGCUGCGUAGCCGGUUGCCGCUCGGAUCAAGGCUGCCCACAGGAUCUAUCAUGUGUCAAUCAACAGUGUAUCAAUCCAUGCGCCGAACCCGCUGCAUGUGGCACCAAUGCCGAAUGUUUGGUCAUUGAUCAUCGCAAGCAAUGCACAUGCCCACAAGGUCUUAUCGGCAAUGCGGAGGUGUCGUGUAAAGCGCCACGUACCGCUUGUACGCGCAACGAGGACUGCGAUGGUAAUCAACUCUGCUAUGGUGGCAGCUGUCAAGGUAAAUGCCGCAAUGAUCAAAACUGCUUGGCCGACGAGCGCUGCAUGCGCGGUACUUGUCGCACCGUUUGCAACACGGACUCCGCUUGCGCACAAGGACAGAUUUGCGAAAAUCGCGUAUGCCAAAUUGGUUGCCGCAACGAUCUUACCUGCCCCAGCAGUGAGGCGUGCGUCAACAAGAAGUGCAAGAAUCCCUGCGAGGCACCUGGUCAAUGUGGUCAGUGCGCCAACUGUUUGGUCGUCAACCAUGGCGUACAGUGCAGCUGUCCGAAUGGUUUCCUUGGCGAUGGACUUAGCGGCUGUCAACAGCCACCACAACGCUGCAAUCCCAACUGUCAGUGUGACGAAACAAAUACGUACUGCGCCGACGCCUGUGCGCGCACCGAAGACUGCGCUUGCGGACAAGUUUGCACACGUGGUAAAUGUCGCCAAAAGUGCGGCGCCGGCCGCAAUUGUCCACUGGGACAACUUUGCGAACGCGGCACAUGUCUGGCUGGCUGCAAAGCCAACACCGAUUGUCCCACCGAUCAAAGCUGUAUCAAAGGUAAAUGCGCCGAUCCGUGCGCAGAUAAGUCGGCUUGUGGUCGUAAUGCGCUCUGCACUGUCUCCGAUCAUCGUAUGCUUUGCUACUGUCCCGAUGGCUACGAAGGUGAGCCCAGCACAGAAUGCGUACAAUUUGAAUGUGCGCAGGAUAAUGACUGUGAACCGAACAAACGUUGUGAUGCGGGUAAGUGUCGUAACCCGUGCUUGGAAUAUGGCGCAUGUGGUGUUAAUGCACAAUGCCGUGUCGUGAAUCGUAAGCCACAAUGCUCUUGCCCACCCGAUUACUUUGGCACACCCGAAACUGAGUGUCGCCCACUCGAUGGCGGUUGCGCGAAUCAUCCAUGCGGCGCUAAUUCCAAAUGUACUGAGGUACCUGGCGGUUAUGAGUGCGCCUGCAUGGACGGCUGUAUGGGUGAUGCGCACAAGGGUUGCGUCUGCGAGGGACAUCUGGUGAAUGCAUGCGCUGAACAACCAUGUGGACAAAAUGCUGCUUGCCGCGUCUUGGAUCAUAAUGAAGCGCAAUGUUAUUGCCCCGUGGAAUUCCCCUACGGCGAUGCUUAUGUAGAAUGUUACUUAACACCACCACAAGAGGACUGUCGCACGCAGGGCUGCAUUACCGGCGAAUGUGUGCGUCAAGGCGUCGACUACGUGUGCCGGCACGACACCGAACAAUGCACAUCAGACGUCGAAUGUCCCAGUGAGAAAUCAUGCCUGCAAGGACACUGCGUUGAUCCUUGUUCGGUGCGUGGCGUUUGUGGUGCAAAUGCGCUUUGCAAGAGCGUACUACACCGACCGCGUUGCUCCUGCCCCAGUUGCUAUAUCGGACGACCCGAAGUCGAAUGCAAGCCGGAUCCCAAGUGCACCGACGACACAAUGCUGCAACCGCGUGACCCACAACAACAAAUACCCUGCGCACAGGACAACGAUUGUCCCGAUCACCUGCAGUGCAGUCACUAUGGCCAAUGUACCGAUCCAUGUCAGAAUCCGCUAUUCAUAUGCGGCGGCAGUAAGAAGUGUGAGACACGCCGCCACCAACCGGUAUGCGUGUGCAAGUCCGGCUUCAUUGUGAACGAAUAUGGUGAAUUGACGUGCGCGCCCGAGAAGCGUGAAUGCUAUCGCGAUGAUGAUUGCGCCUCGAAUAUGGCUUGUAGUGAGGGCAAAUGCCGCAGUCCGUGUAUGGUGCCCGUGGGUCGUCAACCCAUAUGUGCGGAGAAUAAAUCCUGCGAGGUGCAGGAUCACAAGCCAGUCUGUAUUUGUAUGAAGGAUUGUCAGCCGUCGAUAUCGAUUUGUCUGCGCGAUGCGGGCUGUCCGUCAGGUUUGGCGUGCCGCUCGUAUCAGUGCGUCAAUCCGUGCGAUUUUGCAACGUGCGCGCCCAACUCGCCAUGCAUCGUCGAGGAUCAUAAGCCGAUAUGUAAAUUCUGCCCGCCCGGAUUUAUAGCCGAUGCCAAGCAUGGAUGUCAAAAAGCCAUAACAACUUCUACGCCUGCUACAACUGCGUCUGCAACUCCAGCUACGUCUCCGUCACCGGCUGGUGCCAACUGUACACAAGAUGUCGACUGCGACGAAACGCUUCAGUGCGGCAGCGCGCGGCAAUGCGUUGAUCCCUGUACAGUCGUUUGUGCCGAGUCUGCAUUGUGUAUUGUGAAAGCACAUCGCGUUGCCACAUGUAUCUGCGCUGAUAGUUUUAUUGGCAAUACCACCGUCAAAUGCAUUCCCAUACUCUUUGAAAUACCCACGACUCUUGAGACUACCACAAAACCAAUAUCGUAUGACCGUACGGACACGACUGCGACAACUGUUAAGUACACCACCAUGUAUAUAGGCAAUCAAACAGAAAUGCGUACCCAUUAUACAGAUAUUGUUGCCGAAACAGAGACCGAAUCUUAUGACAGUACGACACAAGCGACGGCAUUUAGUACGACCACACAAACAGCUAAAACACGUCCUACGACAAAAGCUAUAACAACGAAAGUCACUACAAGUGAACUCGAAGGUGAAUCAAGAUUUACUCCCACCCCCGCUUCAAUCACCGAAGUUCCUUCAAAAGAGAGCACUGUGGGAUAUACCACUGUCGCAGGUGUAAGAGUCACAACACCAGAAUAUACAACAAUAUCAGAAGGUGAAGAAAGAUUUACUUCAACACGUCGACCGGUCACUGAGACCUCUGCGCCAGAAACUACUGCGGGAUAUACCACAGUCCCAGGUGUAAGAAUAACGACACCAGAAUCUACAACAAUAUCUGAAGGUGAAGAAAGAUUUACUUCCACACGUCGACCGGUCACUGAGACCUCUGCGCCAGAAACUACUGCGGGAUAUACCACAGUCCCAGGUGUAAGAAUCACAACACAAGAACCUACAACAAUAUCUGAAGGUGAAGAAAGAGUUACCUCAACACGUCGACCGGCAACUGAGACCUCUGCGCCGCAAACUACUGCAGGAUAUACCACAGUCCCAGGUGUAAGAAUCACAACUCCAGAAUCUACAACAAUAUCUGAAGGUGAAGAAAGAUUUACUUCCACACGUCGACCGGUCACUGAGACUCCUGCACCAGAAACUACUGCGGGAUAUACCACAGUCCCAGGUGUAAGAGUCACAACUCCAGAAUCUACAACAAUAUCUGAAGGUGAAGAAAGAUUUACUUCCACACGUCGACCGGCCACUGAGACCUCUGCGCCGGAAACUACUGUAGGAUAUACUACAGUCCCAGGUGGAAGAAUCACAACUCCAGAAUCUACAACAAUAUCUGAAGGCGAAGAAAGAUUUACUUCCACACGUCGACCGGUCACUGAGACUCCUGCACCAGAAACUACUGCGGGAUAUACCACAGUCCCAGGCGUUAGAAUCACAACUCCAGAAUCUACAACAAUAUCUGAAGGCGAAGAAAGAUUUACUUCCACACGUCGACCGGCCACUGAGACUUCAGCGCCAGAAACUACUGUAGGAGAUACUACAGUCCCAGGUGUUAGAAUCACCACUCCAGAAUCUACAACAAUAUCUGAAGGUGAAGAAAGAUUUACUUCCACACGUCGACCGGCCACUGAGACUCCUGCGCCAGAAACAACUGCGGGAUUCACCACUGUCCCAGGUGUAAGAAUCACAACUCCAGAAUCUACAACUAUAUCUGAAGGUGAAGAAAGAUUUACUUCCACACGUCGACCGGCCAUUGAGACUCCUGCGCCAGAAACUACUGCGGGAUAUACCACAGUCCAAGGUGUAAGAACCACAACUCCAGAAUCAACAACAAUAUCUGAAGGUGAAGAAACAUUUACUUCCACACGUCGACCGGCCACUGAGACUCGUACGCCAGAAACUACUGCGGGAUAUACCACAGUCCCAGGUGUAAGAAUCACAACUCCAGAAUCAACAACAAUAUCUGAAGGUGAAGAAAGAUUUACUUCCACACGUCGACCGGCCACUGAGACUCCUGCACCAGAAACUACUGCGGGAUAUACCACAGUCCCAGGUGUAAGAAUCACAACUCCAGAAUCAACAACAAUAUCUGAAGGCGAAGAAAGAUUUACUUCCACACGUCGACCGGUCACUGAGACUCCUGCACCAGAAACUACUGCGGGAUAUACCACAGUCCCAGGUGUAAGAAUCACAACUCCAGAAUCUACAACAAUAUCUGAAGGUGAAGAAAGAUUUACUUCCACACGUCGACCGGCCAGUGAGACUCCUGCGCCAGAAACUACUGCGGGAUUCACCACUGUCCCAGGUGUAAAAAUCACAACUCCAGAAUCUACAACUAUAUCUCAGGGUGAAGAAAGAUUUACUUCAACACGUCGACCGGCCACUGAGACUCCUGCAGCAGAAACUACUGCCGGAUAUACCACAGUCCCAGGUGUAAGAAUCACAACUCCAGAAUCUACAACAAUAUCUGAAGGUGAAGAAAGAUUUACUUCCACACGUCGUCCGGUCACUGAGACUCCUGAGCCAGAAACUACUGCGGGAUUCACCACUGUCCCAGGUGUAAGAAUCACAACUCAAGAACCUACAACAAUAUCUGAAGGUGAAGAAAGAUUUACUUCCACACGUCGACCGGUCACUGAGACUCCUGCGCCAGAAACUACGGCAGGAUAUACCACAGUCCCAGGUGUAAGAAUAACGACACCUGAAGUGACGAAAACACCUGAGGGAGAAACAAGAUUAACUCCCACUCCUGCCUCAAUUACCGAAGUUCCUUCAAAAGAGAGCACUGUGGGCUACACCACUGUCUCAGGUGUAGAAAGCACAACUCCAGAAUCUACAACAAUAUCUGAAGGUGAGGAAAGAUUUACUUCCACACGUCGUCCGGUCACUGAGACUCCUGAGCCAGAAACUACUGCGGGAUUCACCACUGUCCCAGGUGUAAGAAUCACAACUCCAGAAUCCACAACUAUAUCUGAAGGUGAAGAAAGAUUUACUUCCACACGUCGUCCGGUCACUGAGACUCCUGCGCCAGAAACUACUGCGGGAUAUACCACAGUCCCAGGUGUUAGAAUCACAACUCCAGAAUCUACAACAAUAUCUGAAGGUGAAGAAAGAUUUACUUCCACACGUCGUCCGGUCACUGAGACUCCUGCGCCAGAAACUACUGCAGGAUAUACCACAGUUCCAGGUGUAAGAAUCACAACUCAAGAACCUACAACAAUAUCUGAAGGUGAAGAAAGAUAUACUUCCACACGUCGACCGGUCACUGAGACUACUGCGCCGGGAACAACUGCGGGAUAUACUACAGUCCCGGGCGUAAGGAUCACAACACCAGAAUCUACAACAAUAUCUGAAGGUGAGGAAAGAUUUACUUCCACACGUCGACCGGCCACUGAGACUCCUGCACCAGAAACUUCUGCGGGAUACACCAUAAUCCCAGGUGUAAGAAUCACAACUCCAGAAUCUACAACAAUAUAUGAAGGUGAAGAAAGAUUUACUUCCACACGUCGUCCGGUCACUAAGCCUCCUGCGCCAGAAACUACUGCAGGAUAUACCACAGUCCCAGGUGUAAGAAUCACAACUCAAGAACCUACAACAAUAUCUGAAGGUGAAGAAAGAUAUACUUCCACACGUCGACCGGUCACUGAGACUCCUGCGCCGGGAACAAGUGCGGGAUAUACUACAGUCCCAGGCGUAAGGAUCACAACACCAGAAUCUACAACAAUAUCUGAAGGUGAAGAAAGAUUUACUUCAACACGUCGUCCGGUCACUGAGACUCCUGCGGCAGAAACUACUGCGGGAUAUACCACAGUCCCUGGUGUAAGAAUCACAACUCCAGAAUCUACAACAAUAUCUGAAGGUGAAGAAAGAUUUACUUCCACACGUCGACCGGUCACUGAGACUCCUGCGCCGGGAACAACUGCGGGAUAUACUACAGUCCCAGGCGUAAGGAUCACAACACCAGAAUCUACAACAAUAUCAGAAGGUGAAGAAAGAUUUACUUCCACACGUCGACCGGUCACUGAGACUCCUGCCCCAGAAACUACUGCGCGAUACACCACAGUCCCAGGUGUAAGAAUCACAACUCCAGAAUCUACAACAAUAUCUGAAGGUGAAGAAAGAUUUACUUCAACACGUCGUCCGUUCACUGAGACUCCUGCGCCAGAAACUACGGCAGGAUAUACCACAGUCCCAGGCGUAAGAAUCACAAGACCAGAAUCUACAACAAUAUCUGGAGGUGAAGAAGGAUUUACUUCCACACGUCGACCGGUCACUGAGACUUCUGCGCCGGAAACUACUACAGGAUAUACUACAGUCCCAGGUGUAAGAAUCACAACACCAGAAUCUACAACAAUAUCUGAAGGUGAAGAAAGAUUUACUUCCACACGUCGUCCUGUCACUGAGACUCCUGCGCCAGAAACUACUGCGAGGUAUACCACAGUCCCAGGCGUAAGAAUGACAACACCAGAAUCUACAACUAUAUCUGAAGGUGAAGAAAGAUUUACUUCCGCACGUCGUCCGGUCACUGAGAUUUCAGCGCCAGAAACCACCGUGGGAUAUACCACAGUCCCAGGUGUAAGAAUCACAACUCCAGAAUCUACAACAAUAUCUGAAGGUGAAGAAAGAUUUACUUCCACACGUCGUCCGGUCACUGACACUCCUGCGCCAGAAACUACGGCAGGAUAUACCACAGUCCCAGGUGUAAGAAUAACGACACCUGAAGUGACAACAACACCUGAGGGAGAAACAAGAUUAACUCCCACUCCUGCCUCAAUUACCGAAGUUCCUUCAAAAGAGAGCACUGUGGGCUACACCACUGUCUCAGGUGUAGAAAGCACAACACCUGAAUCUACAACAAUAUCUGAAGGUGAAGAAAGAUUUACUUCCACACGUCGUCCGGCCAGUGAGACUUCAGCGCCAGAAACCACCGUGGGAUAUACCACAGUGCCUGGUGUAAGAAUCACAACUCCAGAAUCUACAACAAUAUCUGCAGGUGAAGAAAGAUUUACCUCCACACGUCGUCCGGUAACUGAAACUCCUGUGACGGGAACCACUGGAUUUGAGACUACGGCGGAGUACUCAGGCCUUCCAGGUGUGAAUAUCACAUCGACGACGCCACAAGCUACAACUGGCACAACAAGCAAAUUAAUUAAGAUAGUAACACCGUCCGGCUAUGGUACAGAAACACCGUUAACACAACGAACAGUCACUGUAACACCAAUCUACGUAGAGUCGACAACUCCAGAGGUGCUUUUAAUACCCACAACCGAAAUACAACCGAUUACUACUAUACGAACUCCGCUCGACACAAAUGUCACAAUAACAGAACCAAGCUUUCGCGUCAAUCAAACGACACGACCACAAUUGCCGAGUACAAUGCCACCUACGACCAUACCCUUAACAACUUGCGCGACUGACAAUGACUGCACGAACGAAGAGUUUUGUUUACGCGGGGAAUGCAUUAAUCCUUGCCUACUCUUGCCAACCUUCUGUUACAUGUAUAGUCCGAAUUUUGCGAUCUGUCGCACGAUCGAACAUGUGCCCAUGUGCUUUUGCGAUAACGCAGCUGAUGUAAAUACUACCGAUUGUCAUAUAAUAGCAGAAAUCGGCUGCGCUUCCAGCGAUGAAUGCCCAACACAACGCGCCUGCAUUAAUGGCGUGUGCUUGGAUCCCUGCUCGUCUGCUAAUCCCUGUGGACGUGAUCAGGAGUGCCAAGUGAUAGAACAUCAACCGGUUUGUUCGAAAGUCUGCGAAUGUCAAAGAAAGGCCGAUUGUCAUGCCGGUUUCGAAUGCGAUGGCUGUCAUUGUCGUCAAACAACUGGCCGCACACCUGGCUGUGAGCACUGCCCACCUGGCACCAACUGUGAUCCCACAACUGGUGCCUGCAUCAAAGCUAACGUUACAAUAACAACCACAACUACCAAUAUAACAACUACCAUCACCACAUCUAACCCAAUCACUGAUGUUACAACCGACAUCAACGACACAACUCAAACCGGCACAACCACGAGCACCACCACUACCCCCUCCAUCACUACCGCUACGCCGACAGGCAGCACAACCGCACCCACAACCACCAACGCUUACGUCGAAGACACGACCACAGUGCCAAUCAGUAGUAGUAGUACUACAGAAACGCCCAUGUCCCUCACCACCGAGUCGACGAAAGAGCAGGAGGACAUGAAUACGACGGCAAGCAAAACUGGUCCACCGAAAGGUUAUCGCGAUGGUGAGAAUAAUAUAACCGCCAGCACCGUGCCAGAGCAGCCAACUACGCCGGCGGUACAGGUGUCCGUCUCCACAGCCACGUCGUCUACAUCGAGCAGCAGCAGCAGCUCGCGACGCGGUGAGGAUACUAAGGGUCCAUUCGAUACGCGUACAACCACACCGAAAAUGAAAACUACACGCAUCGAUACGUCAAAUGAAUUCGAUUAUAAUUUCACAACACUAUUGACAACAACACAACGUACCACCUUCCCGGUGACAAUGGUGACGGAGCCCAUGAAAGAGUUGGACCAAACCACCACAAUGGGUGUACGUGAUUUGGUGACAACAAUGUUUCCGGUGAUAACACCACCAGCAUCAGAGCAAACGACACAGCGACCAACUGUCGCUGGCACAACAACACCAUUUGUUUAUGAGACAAUCGAACCGAUUACCACAAUGUCGACUACGACGCAAACGGAAGCUGGGAUAACAACAACGUCACCGGAUACUACCACCGAACCUGGCACCACUACUAAAUUCUUAACAACCGAAACUGCUACAACAGUAGCAGCAACAACAACCCCAACAAGCACAUCUACUGAUAUCACAAUGUUUAACACUUGUACAGAUCAUACUAACUGUGGUUCUAGUCAAUUAUGCGUGCUGGGCAUGUGUCGCAACAAGUGUCGUGUUGGGGACACAAGCGAUACGGAGUGUGUAAAAGAAUCACCCGGCUCACCAAAGAAUCCGGAACCAUGUCAGUCGAACAAUGAUUGCAUUGAGAACGAAGCAUGUUACAUGGGUCUAUGUCAUAAUCCUUGCGAAUUUGCGAAUGUUUGUGCGCCCACCGCUAAGUGUGUGGCGAAAAUGCAUCGGCCGAUAUGUUCGUGCCCCAAGGGGCAUGAAGGUAAUCCGGCUAUUAAAUGCUCGCCCGUGGAUAGGACAACUGAGUGUACGCGCGAUGCUGAUUGUGACAUUACGGAGGCUUGCAUCAAUCGACGCUGUCAGCAUCCUUGCGAUGCGCAUAAUCCUUGCGCGCAAAAUGCGGUUUGCAUGAACGCGAAUCACGUGGCCGACUGCAGCUGUGUGGAUGGUUACCAAGGCAACGGUUUUAUUGGCUGUCAACCAGCGCUCGACCACAUGCCUGUCUGUCAGUACAACGAGGACUGUCCGCCAACGAAACUCUGCGAUCGUCUAAAUCGUCGUUGUAUCAAUCCCUGCUUCGAGGACUCGUGCGGUGAGAAUGCUGAGUGCAUACCUGUCAAUCAUGGCAUUGAGUGCCGGUGUCUGGCCGGUUUUGUCGGUAAGGCUUACAUCGAAUGCUCGCAGCUGCAAGGUUGUCGUGCGGAUCGCGAAUGUGACGCUAGUCAGGCGUGUAUUAAUGGUAAAUGCGCUUCGCCGUGUCGCUGUGGCGCCAAUGCGCUGUGUGAUGUUGUCAAUCAUCGCGGUGUCUGCAAAUGUCCACCUGGUUAUGCCGGUCGACCGGAAGUUGCUUGUAAUCCACCCACCAAUCCAUGUGAGCCGAAUCCGUGUGGCGUCAACGCGCUAUGUGAGCUGGAUAAUGGCAAUCCUAUUUGUUACUGCCCGAAAGGACUUACCGGUAAUCCGUUCAAGAAUUGCAUACCCGAAGGCGAUGAGUGUCGUCCGAAUCCUUGUGGCCCCAAUUCUGGUUGUCGCAUGGUGAACGACGCACCAACUUGCUUCUGUUUACCCGAAUAUGAAGGUCAACCGCCGCUGGUGCCGUGUGAGGUGCCAAAGAGUCCUUGUGAUCCAUCACCUUGUGGACCGAAUACACAAUGCGCUGUGCUCAGCAACGGUUUCUCAAAAUGUACUUGCUUGCCAGGUUAUGUCGAAAGUCCCAACACAAUACGCGGUUGCAUCGAACCUGUGAAUCCAUGUGAUCCUAGCCCUUGCGGUCCGGGUGCAGUUUGUGAUUCCUCACGCACACCAGUUUGUUUCUGCCCAGAUGGCAAGAUUGGCAAUCCAUUUAAGGCUUGUGAAAAACCACCUGUUUCCGAUGAGCUAUGCACACCAGGUCCAUGUGGCCGUAAUGCUGACUGUUAUGUUACCGGAAAUCGCGAGGAAUGUUAUUGUCGUUCAGGUUAUAUUGGUGAUCCUUAUCAGGGUUGUCGCGAGCCACCUCGUAGCGCUUGUGAACCUAAUCCAUGUGGUCCAAAUGCUGAAUGUGUUGUUGCUGGUGAUGGUCAAAGUGCAUGCAUCUGUCCUGAUGGUUUAUCUGGAGAUCCUACCUCAACUAAAGGCUGUCAUGGAUAUGAAUGUCAAGUGGAUGCCGAUUGCCCACACAAUAGAGCCUGUAUGGGCUUCAAGUGUUAUGAUCCUUGUCCAGGUGCUUGCGGUCAAGGGGCCAAUUGCCGCGUGGAAGAACAUCAUCCCGUUUGCUCGUGCAAUGCUGGACUCACUGGUAAUCCGGGCAUACGCUGUUACGCGCUAGAUAUACCGAAGACCCCAAGCCGUAAUCCCUGUUUGCCUAGCCCUUGUGGUGUAAAUAGUGAAUGCAAGCUAUUAAAUCAUCGCGCCGUGUGCUCUUGCUUGCCUGGUUAUUUGGGUGAUCCACAGAGUGGUUGUCGCGCAGAGUGUGACAUCAAUUCAGACUGCGGCACCCCACAGGCUUGUAUCAACCACAAAUGUAUCGACCCAUGUGCUGGCACAGUGUGUGGCAUCAAUGCCAUUUGCAGAGUACAACAACACACACCACUCUGUGCAUGCCUCGAUGGCUUCACCGGUGAUGCUUUCCGUCAAUGUAUACCUGUUGGCGUACUAAAGAAUGUGACGCGAGAUCCAUGUGCACCAUCACCUUGUGGACCACACGAUGUUUGCUCCAUUUACGGUGAUGGUGUAGCAUUGUGCGAUCCAUGCUUUGGACCUAAUGCUCAACAAAAUCCACGUUGCCGUCCUGAAUGUGUCUCUAACUCAGACUGUCCCUUCGAUCGCGCUUGCUUGGGUCAACGCUGCUUGGAUCCAUGCCCAGGCUCAUGCGGACACAACGCUGUAUGUAAUGUCUACGAACACAAUCCCAUCUGUAGUUGCCCACCUGGCUUAUAUGGCAAUCCAUAUGAGCACUGUUCACCACCAUCACCGUUCGUACCGGCGCCAUCGCCGAGCUGUGAAAAACUGCAAUGUGGCGCUAAUGCUGAAUGUAAGAAACGCAAUGGUGCCUUAACUUGUGUCUGUCGUACGGGCUACUUUGGCGAUCCUUUCAUCGGUUGCCGCCCAGAAUGUGUGCUUAACUCCGAUUGUCCUGCUGAUAAAUCCUGCGUCAACUCGAAAUGUGUGGACUCAUGUGUAGGCGUAUGUGGCAUUAACGCUAUGUGUCGCAUUGUAAAUCAUGCUCCUGUAUGUCUGUGUGUCGAAGGUUAUACAGGUGACGCUGCAGUACAAUGCAAUCCUUACUACUUGCCACCAGAAAGACCAGCAGACAGACCACGUAAUCCGUGUGAACCAUCACCAUGUGGUCCCAAUUCCCGUUGCUUGACCUCACCCGACGGUUAUGCGGCCUGCUCAUGUCUGCCGAACUUCAAGGGUUCACCGCCAGUUUGUCAACCAGAGUGUGUUGUAAGCUCUGAGUGUCCACUAAACAAAGCUUGUAUUAAUCAACGUUGCGCCGAUCCUUGUCCUGGUACAUGUGGUGUAGAAGCACGUUGCGAAGUCUUAAACCACAAUCCAAUUUGCUCCUGCGAACCCGGUUUUGAGGGUGAUCCAUUUGUGUCAUGUAGUCGCAUACCAGAGGAACGCACGGACACUGAACGCAAACCCGAAAAUCCAUGUGUACCGUCGCCAUGCGGACCCAAUUCCAUUUGUCAAAUAAAACAAGGACGUCCAGUGUGUUCAUGUGUUGCCAAUUAUAUUGGCAGUCCACCAUAUUGUCGCCCAGAAUGUACGCUAAAUACUGAAUGUCCAGCCGACAAGGCGUGUAUACAGGAGAAAUGUCAAAACCCUUGUGCGAAUACAUGUGGACACAAUGCCCGUUGCACGGUGAUCGCACAUGCGGCGCACUGUAGCUGCGAACAGGGUUAUGAAGGAGACGCCUUCGUCGGUUGUUCCAAAAUCGAUGAAAAACCAAAAGACCGCAUCGAUCCCUGCUAUCCAAGCCCCUGUGGUGAGAAUGCGUUGUGUAGUGAACGUAACGGCGAGGCACGCUGCAGCUGUAUUGAACCAUAUAUUGGCGAUCCCUACACCACCGGUUGUCGUCCGGAAUGUGUUUAUAAUGCCGAAUGUCCAUCGUCUUUGGCCUGUAUCAAACAGCAUUGUCGCGAUCCCUGCGUUGGCACCUGUGGCUCGAAUGCCGAGUGUGCUGUGGUCAAUCAUAUACCGACAUGUAGUUGUGUCCGCGGCUACGAAGGUGAUCCAUUUACCGGCUGUAAACGUGAAGAUUACCCCAUUGGACCACUCAGCCCUUGCGAACCGACACCGUGCGGUGCCAAUAGUAUUUGUCGCGUGGUGGAUGGUCGUCCAGCCUGCUCUUGUCAAGUAGGUUACUUCGGUGCUCCACCCAACUGUCGUCCAGAAUGUGUUGUCAGCUCGGAGUGUUCACAAAAUUUGGCAUGUAUCAAUCAAAAGUGUGUAGAUCCUUGUAUUGGCACAUGUGGCUUCAAUGCCAAAUGCCAGGUGGUGAAUCACAAUCCAAUAUGCUCAUGUUCCGUCGACUAUAUGGGUGAUCCGUUCGAACAAUGUACACCGAAACCGCGCGAACCUCCACCAAAGGUUAAUCCAUGUUUACCCAGCCCUUGCGGUCCUAAUGCCGAAUGUCGCGAAGUCGAUAAUCGUGCUGCUUGCAGUUGCUCGCCGGGUAUGUUUGGUGCACCGCCCAAUUGUCGUCCGGAAUGUGUUAUCCAUCAGGAUUGUCCAUCGAAUCGCGCUUGCAUACGUCAACGUUGUGAGGAUCCUUGCGCUGGCGCUUGCGGUUUUAAUGCUCUUUGCACAGCACAAAAUCACAAGCCUGUAUGUUCGUGUCUCGAGGGUUACGAAGGUGACCCGUAUGCUGGUUGCAAUACACCGCAAAUCGUAGUGCCUGAUAUACCCGCCGAUCCAUGCAAUCCAUCGCCUUGCGGCUCAAAUGCUAUUUGCCGAAAUCGUAAUGGUGCUGGUUCAUGCACCUGUAUUCAAGAUUACUUCGGUGAUCCGUAUAUAAAUUGUAGACCCGAAUGCGUACAGAACAGCGAUUGUGUGUCCACGAAAUCUUGUGUAAAUAUGAAAUGCGUCGAUCCAUGUAUAGGUCUGUGUGGUUUCAAUGCGGAAUGUCGCGUUUCGCAUCAUAUACCGGUUUGCACUUGCAUAUCCGGCUUUACGGGCAACCCGAUGCGUAGCUGUCAGGAGAAACCCUCAAAUAUGUAUUUGCCCAUACCACGAGAUCCUUGUCGUCCCUCACCAUGUGGUGUGUACAGUACUUGCCGUGUGGCAAGCAAUCGCGCUGUUUGUUCUUGUCUACCCAAUUACAGGGGUCAACCACCGAAUUGCAGACCGGAGUGCAUGCUCAGUUCAGAAUGCGCUUCGAACCGGGCUUGCAUUAAUAUGCGUUGUCAAGAUCCAUGUCCCGGCACGUGUGGUCAGAAUGCACGUUGCCGCGUUACCAACCACUCACCGAUUUGUAGCUGUAUUGAUGGUUAUACUGGCGAUCCAUUCCAGCAAUGUCUACCUGAAAGAAAACCAUUAGAUAUGCCGCGUUUACCACCACAAAACCCUUGUGUCCCCAGUCCUUGUGGCCCGAAUUCACAAUGUCGCGCUUCCAGCUCCGGCGCUGUUUGCUCGUGUGUGGCCAAUUAUAUUGGUCGUCCGCCGAACUGCCGUCCGGAAUGUACAAUCAAUUCGGAGUGUCCUGCGCAUUUGGCUUGUAUGAAUACACGUUGUGCCGAUCCCUGUGUGGGAUCGUGUGGCAACAAUGCACGCUGUCAAGUCAGUGCGCAUGCGCCGAUUUGUAUGUGCGAACCGGGUUACACCGGCGAUCCGUUUUCUGGCUGCUACAAAGUCAUACCAAUACCCGAUGAACCAGUUCAACCGUGUCGACCCAGUCCAUGUGGCUUGAAUGCCAUUUGUGAGGAGCGCCAACGCGCGGCCUCAUGCAAAUGCAUACCCGAAUAUUUUGGCGAUCCAUAUGUUGAAUGUCGACCGGAGUGUGUCAUUAAUUCGGAUUGCCCGAAGACACGCGCCUGCAUCAACAACAAAUGUAUCGAUCCCUGUCCGGGUAUGUGUGGGCGUAAUGCCGAAUGCGUUGUACUUAACCAUGCACCGAACUGCGAAUGCUUUAACGGCUACACUGGAAAUCCCAUCAGCGGUUGCUCACCCAUACCAGAGCCACCCCCGCAAUAUGAACCUCCGGUACCUGUCAACCCUUGUCAGCCAUCGCCUUGUGGGCUGUAUAGCAAUUGCCGACCUGUCAAUGGUCAUGCAGUGUGCUCAUGUUUACCGAACUAUUUGGGUGCACCACCCAACUGUCGUCCGGAAUGUAUGAGCAGCUCUGAUUGCGCACAAGACAAGUCGUGCAUCAAUGAACGUUGUAAAGAUCCCUGCCCCGGUACUUGUGGAAAUAAUGCGCUUUGUCGCGUCGUCAAUCACAAUCCGAUUUGCUCGUGUACACCUGGUUACACCGGUGAUCCUUUCGUACGCUGCAUCUACGAAGAGAAACGUCCUAUUAUAAGAGAUCCCAUAAAUCCAUGUGUACCAUCGCCGUGCGGUCCGAAUUCCCAGUGUCAAGUGUCGAAUGCAAACGGUCAAGCUGUGUGCUCGUGUCUGCCCAAUUACAUCGGCAGAGCACCGAAUUGCCGACCCGAAUGCACGUCGAAUUCGGAGUGUCGCGGUAAUAUGGCUUGUAUCAAUCAACGCUGUCAAGAUCCUUGCCAGGGUUCAUGUGGCUCAUAUACAACAUGUAUUGUAAAUAAUCAUAGACCAAUUUGCCGCUGCUUGGAUGGUUAUACGGGUGAUCCUUUCUCAGGAUGUAGUCCACAAAUUAAUAUACCGCCAGAAAUUCCAAUGCCUUGCAAUCCCAGCCCUUGUGGUGCGAAUGCUGUGUGUAAGGAACGAAACGGCGUUGGCGCUUGUACCUGCUUGCCUGAGUACUCUGGAGAUCCAUACACGGAAUGCCGUCCCGAAUGUGUAUUGAAUACCGACUGCCCGAAGAAUCUCGCAUGUAUGAACAACAAAUGUCGCGAUCCAUGUCCAGGAGUAUGCGGCGUUGGUGCCGAAUGUCACGUAAUUAAUCACGCGCCCAGCUGCAGUUGUCCAUCGGGUUAUACGGGUAACCCCUCGGAAUAUUGUCGCGAACAACCAAAACACAUCGAACCCGUGCAGCCUUGCCGUCCUUCGCCAUGUGGCCCUUACAGCCAAUGUCGUGAAGUGAACGGUCAUGCAGUCUGUUCGUGCAUUACCAAUUAUAUUGGUGCACCGCCGUCUUGUCGCCCCGAAUGCUCGGUUAGCUCCGAGUGUGCGCAGGACAAGGCUUGUGUGAAUUUGCGCUGUGUAGACCCAUGUCCGGGCACUUGCGGCAACGAAGCACGCUGUAAGGUCACAAACCACAAUCCGAUUUGUACAUGUCCACCUGGCUACUCAGGAGAUCCUUUCAUACGUUGCUUGAUCAAAGAACAAGAAGAACCACGUUUGCCUACAAGACCAACAAAUCCUUGUGUUCCAAGUCCAUGUGGACCGAAUUCACAAUGUCGCGCUGUUGGCGAAACGCCAGUCUGUUCAUGCUUACCGAAUUUUGUAGGACGUGCACCAAAUUGCCGUCCCGAAUGUACGCUCAACUCAGAAUGUCCGGCCAAUUUGGCUUGCAUAAAUGAGCGUUGUAAAGAUCCAUGUCCGGGCUCUUGUGGUUUCAAUGCCUUCUGUAAUGUCGUAAAUCAUUCUCCAGUGUGCAGUUGUGAUACUGGCUUUACCGGCGAUCCUUUCGCUGGCUGCAAUCCAACGCCCACCGCUAUACCCGAGGAACGUCUUACACCCUGUAUUCCCUCACCUUGCGGCCCUAAUGCCGAAUGUAAAGAGCGCAACGGCGCUGGUUCCUGCGUUUGCCUGCCCGAAUACUUUGGAGAUCCGUAUAGUGGUUGCCGUCCUGAAUGUAUUGCCAACUCCGAUUGCCCACGUGACAAAUCGUGUGUAAACAACAAAUGCACAGAUCCUUGCCCAGGUGUAUGCGGUUUGAAUGCGGAAUGUCGGGUGAAUAAUCAUGCGCCAACAUGUCAUUGCCUACAGGGUUACACGGGUAAUCCACUAAGCGCUUGCCGUGAAAUACCACAACUACCGCCAGCACCAACCCCGAAAGACACUAAUCCUUGCGUACCGUCACCAUGUGGUCCCUACAGUCAAUGCCGUGAGGUGAAUGGCCAUGCUGUUUGCUCCUGCCAGACAAAUUUCAUUGGUUCACCGCCGAAUUGCAAACCCGAAUGUAUUGUUUCCUCAGACUGCGCACAAAAUCUUGCAUGCCAAAAUCAGAAAUGUGUUGAUCCUUGCCCUGGUACUUGUGGCAGUGAUGCCCGCUGUCAAGUCAUUAAUCAUUAUGCGGCGUGCUCAUGCGCACCCGGUUAUACCGGCGAUCCCUUCAGUAGAUGUAUUAAAAUUAAACUGGACGUGCCAGUACCUAAGCCUGGUAAUCCAUGUGUACCUUCACCAUGUGGACCCAACUCGAAAUGUGUCGAAGUUGGCGAUUCACCUGCAUGCUCCUGUUUGCCUAACUACUUGGGGCGACCACCUAAUUGCCGUCCCGAGUGUCUAAGUAGUUCAGACUGUCCAGCUGAUUUAGCUUGUACCAAUCAGAAAUGCACGAAUCCUUGCAUCGGCGCUUGCGGUGUACAUACACAAUGUACAGUUAUUAAACACAAUCCGACGUGCCAAUGUGAAAUCGGCUAUACUGGAGAUCCUUUCUCUGGUUGUGCCAUUGUAAAAAUGACCCCAACGGAGGCACCACGCAAUCCAUGCAAUCCCAGUCCCUGCGGCGCAAACGCGGUUUGUCGUGAGCGUAAUGGUGCUGGUUCUUGCUCGUGCUUGCCUGAAUACUUUGGUGAUCCGUAUAGCGGCUGCCGCCCAGAAUGUGUACAAAAUUCCGACUGCGAUCGUUCACGCGCUUGCAUCAAUAAUAAAUGCCAAGAUCCAUGUCCUGGUGUAUGUGGCAUUAAUGCGGAAUGUCGUGUCUUGAAUCAUGCGCCGAAUUGUAUGUGCUUCGAUGGUUACACCGGUGAUCCACAUCGUUCGUGCGCUGUAAUCGAAGUAACAACGCUGACACCGCUGAAUCCAUGCCAACCGUCGCCAUGUGGUCCCUACAGUGAAUGCCGUGAAUCUAAUGGACAUGCUGUGUGCUCUUGCGUCGAUGGAUUUGUAGGCGCACCACCAUCUUGUAAACCGGAAUGUGUUGUCAGUUCGGAGUGCCCACAGAAUAGGGCUUGUUUGAAUCAGAAGUGUGCGGACCCAUGUCGCGGCGCGUGCGGUAACAAUGCGCGCUGUCAAGUGGUUAACCAUAAUCCAAUUUGUACGUGUGCGCCUGGCUUAACUGGCGAUCCGUUCACAUCUUGCAUUGAAGAGAAAGAAACAGUACGUGAUCCACAAAAUCCAUGCGUACCGUCACCAUGCGGUCCGAACUCUUUGUGUCGUGAAAUUGGUGGACAAGCCGCCUGCUCAUGUCAAACUAACUAUGUGGGUCGUCCACCAAACUGCCGUCCGGAAUGCACCAACAAUGAUGAAUGUCCAAAUAAUCUGUCAUGUCAAAAUGAACGUUGCGUCGAUCCUUGUCCCGGCUCUUGCGGCAACAAUGCUUUCUGCAAAGUGGUACAACAUAAUGCAAUCUGUUCAUGUACCGAUGGUUAUGAAGGCGAUCCAAUAUUGGGUUGUGAUCUCAUACAACCAGUACUGCCAAAACAACCUCCGACAUCGCCCUGCGAACCAUCACCUUGCGGACCGCAUGCCGAGUGCAGAGAGCGGAAUGGCGCUGGCGCUUGUUAUUGUCAUGAGGGCUUCGAGGGUAAUCCUUACGAUGUAGAACGCGGUUGUCGACGAGAAUGUGAAGUUAAUGAUGACUGUUCAACAGCCCAAGCAUGUGUGCGCUUCAAAUGUGUUGACCCGUGCGACAACAUUUGUGGUGAAUUUGCCAUUUGCUCAGUAGAGAAUCAUGUGCCGACAUGCAACUGCCCACCUGGUUAUAGUGGAGAUCCAUUCUUCCAAUGUAGACAGAUACCAGUUACACCGCCACCGCCAAUCAAUCCAUGCGUGCCAUCACCUUGCGGACCAAAUAGUAUCUGCCGUAGCAUAAACGACCAAGCUGUCUGCUCAUGUAAAUCUGGUUUCAUCAAUCAACCACCCAAUUGCCGGCCUGAGUGUGUGGUUAGUUCGGAGUGUGCGCCAGAACGCGCAUGUGUAAACAACAAAUGUGUUGAUCCAUGCUUACACACUUGCGGCAUACGGGCUAUUUGCACAACGAAGAAUCAUAGCCCUAUCUGCACUUGCCCACGUGGCAUGACCGGUGAUCCAUUUGUACAAUGUUCGAAAAUACCAAUUAUUCACGACAUUGAACCAACAGAACGUCCACCAUCCUGCGUACCAUCGCCUUGCGGUCCAAAUUCAAAAUGUCAAAUUGUCGGUGGUAGUCCAGCUUGCUCUUGUCUACAAGAUUUCAUCGGCGCACCACCGAACUGUCGUCCCGAAUGUGUACUCAACUCUGAAUGCGGUCCAACUGAAGCUUGUAUCAAUCAGAAGUGCCGAGAUCCAUGUCCAGGCUCCUGUGGCUUUGAAGCCAAAUGUCACGUCCUCAAUCAUGUGCCAAUUUGCAAUUGUAUUGACGGUUACACCGGCGAUCCAUUUAUUCGUUGCAGCCCCAUACCACCAGUAACGGAAACACCAAAAACACCAAAUGAUCCUUGUGAUCCAAAUCCGUGCGGACCAAAUGCAGAUUGCUUCAAUGGCGAAUGCCGCUGUCAAGACAAUUAUCAAGGCAAUCCCUAUGACGGAUGCCGUCCGGAGUGUACACUUUCCGCUGAUUGUGCGCGCGAUAAGGCUUGCAUGCGUAACAAAUGUGUGGACCCAUGUCCUGGCACAUGUGGUAUUAAUGCCGUUUGUGAAGUGCUCAACCACAUACCUAUUUGUUCAUGUGUUUCUGACUACGAGGGUGAUCCGUUUAGUAGCUGCAAACCUAAAGUUAUAAUUGAACGGCCAGAACAAGUUUGUUCACCAUCACCAUGCGGCGCCAACAGUCAGUGUCGCGAUAUCAACGGUCAUGCUGUGUGCUCUUGUUUAGAUGGAUACAUCGGCAGUCCACCACAAUGUCGCCCUGAAUGUGUAGUGUCUAGUGAGUGCUCAGCACUGCAAGCUUGUGUGAACAAAAAGUGUACCGAUCCAUGUGCGGGCUCUUGCGGCAUUGACGCACGUUGUGAAGUCAUCAAUCAUAGCCCAAUUUGUGGUUGCCCGCCCGGUAAAACUGGCGAUCCAUUCAAACGUUGUCUAGAUUUACCACCACCUGAACCACCGAGAGAACGUGAUCCAGGCACACCACGUGAUCCUUGCGUACCAUCGCCAUGCGGGCCCAAUUCCAUUUGCAAGGCUAGUGCUAGCGGACCUUCAUGCCAGUGCUUGCCAGAGUUCUUCGGCUCACCACCAAAUUGCCGCCCUGAGUGCAUAAUCAACCCAGAUUGUCCAUCCAGCCAAGCAUGUAUCAACAAUAAAUGCCGUGAUCCAUGUCCAGGUUCUUGCGGUACCAAUGCUGAAUGUCGCGUUAUUAGUCAUACUGUUUCCUGCUCAUGUCCCACCGGCUUUGCGGGUAAUGCUUUCGUACAAUGUGUUCCAGCUAUUGAAGAGCCAGUCAAACCAUGCGAACCCUCGCCAUGUGGUCCUAAUGCCGAAUGUAUUGAGCGAAACGGAGCAGCCUCGUGCAAAUGUAUUGACGAUUAUCAAGGCAAUCCUUACGACGGUUGUCGACCCGAAUGUGUACUCAGCUCCGACUGCCCAACAGAUAAGGCUUGCAUACGCAACAAAUGUAAAGAUCCUUGUCCUGGCAUAUGUGGCUCCAAUGCGCAAUGCUAUGCCGUCAAUCAUGUUCCGAACUGUGUUUGUAAUGAUGGUUACACUGGCGAUCCAUUCUCCAACUGUCAACGCCAAGUUACGCCAAUUACACCACCACCACAAGGCAAUCCAUGUCAACCCUCGCCUUGUGGACCGAACAGCAAAUGUCGCGUAUCGAAUAGCCUCGCUGUCUGCUCUUGUUUGGAUACAUUUAUUGGUGCACCACCAAAUUGUAAACCAGAAUGCACAGUCAACACCGAAUGUCCACAAAACAAGGCAUGCCAUAACUUUAGAUGCGCCAAUCCUUGCGCUGGCACAUGCGGCGUGGAUGCAAAAUGUGAAGUCAUCAAUCACAAUCCGAUUUGCAGUUGUCCAUUAGAUAUGACUGGCGAUCCAUUCUCGCGUUGCUAUCCAGCACCACUACCCGCACCGCAAGACGAGCCUAAGACACCAAAGAAUCCAUGCUUCCCAUCACCGUGUGGCUUAUACGCGGAGUGUCGUGCCAUUGGCGAUCAGCCAUCUUGUUCAUGCCUAUCAAAUUACAUUGGUGUGCCACCAAAUUGCCGACCCGAAUGUGUCGUCAACACAGAUUGUCCAUCGGACAGAUCUUGCAUAGCAGAGAAAUGCCGUAAUCCAUGCGAAGGCACGUGUGGCAUCAAUUCGGAAUGCCGCAUACAAAAUCAUUUAGCCAUCUGCACUUGUCGCACUGGCUACACCGGCGAUCCAUUCUCACAAUGUGUAGAAAUUAUUGAAGUGAAGACACCGCCUACAGUUUCAACGGAUCCUUGUGAUCUACAACCAUGUGGUGCUAACGCUGAAUGUGACAAUGGCAUCUGCACUUGUAUACGCGACUAUCAAGGUGACCCAUACGUAGGAUGUCGCCCCGAAUGUACGCUCAGCACGGACUGUUCACCCAAUCGUGCUUGUCUCAAUAAGAAAUGUGUAGAUCCUUGUCCGGGCACUUGCGGCCAGAAUGCUCAAUGUGACGUUAGCAAUCAUAUACCAAUAUGCAGCUGUGCAAAGGGUUACACCGGCGAUCCGUUCAUCAACUGUCAUCCCGAGGUACGUGAACCAACACCUAAAGAUCCAUGUCAACCAAAUCCUUGCGGCCCGAAUAGUAUUUGUCAAACAACCGCACAAGGUGCUGUCUGCGCCUGCCAACCAGGCAUGUUGGGCUCACCACCCACCUGCAAGCCAGAAUGUAUAGUCAGCUCCGAGUGUUCACUACAAACCGCAUGCAUACAAAAGAAAUGUGUCGAUCCAUGUCCAGGCGCAUGUGGUCAAUUCGCUAGAUGUCAAGUAAUCAAUCACAAUCCGAUUUGCACAUGCAAUGCUGGCUAUACAGGCGAUCCGUUUACACGUUGUUACGAAGAGGAACGUCUCGUUGAGCCACCUACCAAUCCUUGCGUACCAUCACCAUGUGGCCCGAACUCGGAAUGUAAGAUUGUCGGCGACAGUCCCGCCUGCUCAUGUGCGGUCAGCUUUUUGGGAAAACCACCAAAUUGUCGCCCAGAAUGUACCAUCAAUCCGGAAUGUUCGCCUUCGAAGGCAUGUAUACGUCAGAAAUGUGAAGACCCAUGUGUGGGUUCGUGCGGCUUCAACGCGCGUUGCAAUGUGGCCAAUCAUAUGCCGAUUUGCACUUGUGAAGUGGGAUAUACUGGUGAUCCAUUCACCGGCUGCCAGCCUGUACAAGAACGUAUCGUACACGAACAAGUUACACCGUGCGAGCCGAAUCCUUGCGGCUCGAAUGCAAUUUGUCGCGAUCGUAACGGCAUUGGCUCGUGUCAAUGUCUACCCGACUACUUUGGCGAUCCAUAUCAAUCGUGUCGACCCGAAUGUGUACGCAAUUCAGAUUGUCCGACACAGCAGGCGUGCACACAGCAGAAGUGUCGUGAUCCAUGCCCGGGCACAUGUGGCACGAAUGCUGAAUGCAGCGUCACGAAUCAUGUGCCGACAUGUAUGUGCCGCAUCGGUUAUACGGGCGAUCCGUAUCGUUAUUGUCAUGUGGAGCCGCCAGCACCCAUACGUCAGGAGCCACCUACAAACCCUUGUCAACCCUCACCUUGCGGUCCGAACUCACAGUGUCGCGAACUUAAUGGUCAGGCGGUGUGUUCAUGUCUGGAACGUUAUAUCGGCGUACCACCAAAUUGUCGUCCGGAAUGCGUGCUUAGCACUGAAUGUGCCUAUGACAAGGCAUGCAUCAAUCAACGUUGUCAGGAUCCCUGUCCCGGCACUUGUGGCACGAAUGCAGAAUGCCGCGUACGCAAUCAUAGUCCGUUGUGUCAAUGCCGCAAUGGUUUUACCGGUGAUGCUUUCACGCGUUGUUAUCCCAUACCACCUGCCCCACCAGCCAUUUCACACGUCGAGCGUGAUCCUUGUGUACCCUCGCCCUGCGGUUCGUAUAGUGAGUGUCGCAACAUCAACGGCGUACCAUCCUGUUCCUGUCUACAGAGUUAUAUUGGCGCACCACCAAACUGUCAUCCGGAGUGUACCAUCAGCGCUGAGUGUCCUUCGAAUAGAGCUUGCAUACGUGAAAAAUGUAUCGAUCCUUGCCCGGGCUCUUGCGGCUUUUCCGCAGAGUGUAGUGUUGUCAAUCAUACACCGAUUUGCACAUGUCCCAAUGGUUAUACGGGCGAUCCAUUCAGCAACUGCCGUCCCUUACCACCAGAACCUAUUAUCAAUGAACCUGUCGAUCCAUGUCAUCCGUCGCCGUGUGGCGCAAAUGCUCAAUGCAACAAUGGCAUUUGUACUUGUCUGCCAGAAUAUCAUGGUGAUCCGUACACAGGCUGUCGUCCAGAAUGUGUCUUGAAUACGGACUGUCCACGUGAUAAGGCAUGCUUGCGCAGCAAAUGCGCUAAUCCAUGUCCAGGCACUUGUGGCGAAAACGCCAUUUGUGAUGUUAUAAACCACAUACCUAUGUGCAGAUGUCCCGAUGGUACUGUCGGCAGUGCAUUCAUCCGUUGUAGUCCGGCGCCAAAAAUCGUAAAUACAAACCCUUGCCAUCCUUCGCCGUGUGGACCAAAUUCACAAUGUCGUGAGGUUAACCAACAAGCCGUAUGUUCUUGUCUGCCAAACUUCAUAGGUAGUCCACCAACUUGCCGUCCCGAGUGUGUUUCGAAUUCCGAUUGUGCACCGACACAGGCUUGCCUUAAUCAAAAAUGUGGUGAUCCAUGCCCUGGUACUUGCGGUAUCGGUGCCAAAUGCACAGUUGUCAAUCACAGCCCAUUCUGCACGUGUCCACCUCGUUUCAGCGGUAAUCCGUUCAUCCGCUGUCAACCGAUAAUUGAACCUCCACGCGAUGUUGUGCCAACAGAUCCUUGUCGUCCAUCACCAUGCGGACCAUAUGCGCAGUGUCGCCCUAUUGGUGAAGCGCCAUCGUGCUCAUGUCUUGAAUCUUAUAUAGGUCGUCCACCGAAUUGUCGUCCAGAAUGUGUCACGAGCUCUGAUUGUGCCAGCAGCUUGGCUUGUAUAAAUCAGAAAUGUGUUGAUCCAUGUCCGGGACGUUGUGGCGUCAAUGCGGAAUGCCGUGUGGUUAGCCAUGCAGUACAAUGUACUUGUGUGGUCGGCUAUACUGGCGAUCCGUUUGUACAAUGCAAUCUACCACCCGAACGAGACGUGGUCGAGGUACGCACACCCUGCAGUCCGAGUCCAUGUGGCCCGAAUGCAGUUUGUCGCGAACGUAAUGGCGCUGGUUCAUGCGCUUGUUUGCCUGAAUAUUUCGGUAACCCCUACGAAGGUUGUCGGCCCGAAUGCGUAAUGAAUUCCGACUGCCCAUCGAAUAAGGCAUGUCAACAACAGAAGUGCCAGGAUCCUUGUCCUGGUACUUGUGGUCAGAAUGCCGAUUGCCAAGUUGUCAAUCAUUUGCCUUCUUGUACAUGCAUUACGGGCUACAUGGGUGAUCCAUAUCGCGUUUGCACUCGACCAAUUGAACCCAUGCGUACGGAAUACGUAAAUCCAUGUCAACCGUCGCCAUGCGGACCAAACUCUCAAUGUCGCGAAUCAAAUGAUGUGGCUGUGUGCUCUUGUCUACCAGAAUUUAUUGGUACACCACCCGCUUGUCGUCCUGAAUGCACCAUUUCGUCAGAGUGCGCCACAGAUAAGGCUUGCGUCAAUCAGAAAUGCGUAGAUCCAUGCGCUGCUGACCCCUGUGGCAGUAAUGCUCAAUGUCGCGUUAGGAACCAUAGUCCAAUUUGUACUUGCAAUAAUGGAUUUACCGGCGAUGCAUUCACCAGAUGUUAUCCUAUACCACCGCCACCUAUCGAAAUUGAACGCGAAGAGAUUCGUGACCCUUGCCUUCCAUCACCCUGUGGUCCUAAUGCAGAAUGUCGCAAUGUAAAUGGAGUACCAUCAUGUUCUUGUUUAGCUACUUUUAUUGGUCAACCACCCAACUGCCGUCCAGAGUGCACCAUCAACUCGGAAUGUCCAAGUCAACAGGCUUGCAUUAAUCAGAAAUGUCGCGAUCCCUGCCCGGGUGCUUGUGGUCUAAAUACAGUUUGUCGUGUAAUCAAUCACACGCCGACAUGUCUGUGCGUAGACGGCUAUGUUGGAAAUCCAUUUGUCAACUGCAAUCCCAAGCCACCAGAACCAACUCAACCACCAGUACGUGACGAUCCAUGUGUCCCAUCACCAUGUGGACCCAAUGCCCAAUGUAACAAUGGACAAUGCACUUGUAUUCCAGAAUACCAAGGAGAUCCUUACGUAGGCUGUCGUCCGGAAUGUGUACUUAAUUCAGAUUGUGCUCGUGACCGCGCUUGCGUGCGCAAUAAAUGCAUCGACCCUUGUCCCGGUACUUGCGGAACCAACGCUAUUUGUAUUGUCAAUAACCACGUGCCCAUGUGUCACUGUCCAGACAAUAUGUCGGGCAACGCCUUCUUUGAGUGUCGCGUAAUUGAAAAACCUGCCCCAAGAAAUCCUUGUCAACCAUCACCGUGUGGUCCUAACAGUCAAUGCCGUGAAGUGCAAAAUGUGGGCGUGUGCUCCUGCUUACCAGACUUCAUUGGUAGUCCGCCACAGUGUAGACCGGAAUGUACAACGAACUCUGAUUGUCCACCGGAUCAGGCAUGUCAGAACUCUAAGUGUCGCGAUCCUUGUCCUGGAACCUGUGGUUUCAACGCAGUAUGCAACGUUGUCAAUCAUAAUCCAUUCUGUACUUGUCGCGCUCAAAUGACAGGAAAUCCAUUUGUGCGUUGCCAGGAAAUAAUUGCUCCAAUACGUGAUGCUACACCCGCCAAUCCUUGUGUGCCCUCGCCUUGCGGACCUAAUUCCGAAUGUCGCGUUUCAGGUGACUCCCCGUCAUGUUCAUGUUUGCCAGAUUUUACAGGAUCACCACCAAAUUGUCGCCCUGAAUGUGUUUCAAAUUCAGAAUGCCCAUCCACACAAGCAUGUAUAAAUCAAAAAUGCAAAGAUCCUUGUCCUGGACUGUGUGGCUUAAAUGCCAAUUGUCGUGUCUUCAGUCACACACCCAUGUGUCUCUGUCAAGAAGGCUUUACUGGAGAUCCAUUUUCACAAUGUAACCCAGUACGAGCGGAACCGAUCGAAGUAUUGAGACCAUGCAGUCCCAGUCCAUGCGGUAUCAAUGCUAAAUGUGAAGAACGCGACAACGCAGGUUCUUGCCAAUGCUUACCAGAGUACUUCGGUAACCCAUACGAAGGUUGUCGUCCUGAAUGUGUCCUGAACUCAGACUGUCCAUCGAAUAAAGCUUGUCAAAACCAGAAAUGCGUCGAUCCUUGUCCCGGUACUUGUGGAACAAAUGCAGUAUGUCAAGUAAUAAAUCAUUUACCUUCCUGCGAAUGCUAUCCCGGCUAUAAUGGUGAUCCUUAUCGCCUAUGCCAAGUAGUACAAGAAGAACCUCCCAAAGUAUACGUUAAUCCCUGUCAACCUUCGCCUUGUGGUCCAAACUCAAAAUGCCGCGAAGUAAACGGCCAAGGAGUGUGUUCUUGCUUGCCGGAGUAUGUCGGUAGUCCACCAGCAUGUCGACCUGAAUGUACAUCCAGCUCUGAAUGUGCUACUGAAAAAGCAUGUAUUAAUCGGAAAUGUGUAGAUCCUUGUCCCGGGGUCUGUGGGCAGAAUGCAGAGUGUCGCGUAAGAAACCACAGUCCUAUCUGCACUUGUAAUAAUGGAUUCACCGGCGACGCCUUCGUGCGUUGCUUCCGAAUUAUAACACCGAUAUCAACACCACCGCCACAACGUCAACCACAAGAUCCUUGCGUGCCAUCACCGUGUGGACCAAACUCACAGUGCCGCGAUAUAAACGGUUCACCAUCAUGCUCCUGCCUACCAAAUUUCCUUGGUGCUCCACCCACUUGCCGUCCAGAAUGUAGUCUGAACUCAGAGUGUCCAAGCCAUCAAGCCUGUAUAAAUCAGAAAUGUCGAGACCCAUGUCCAGGUUCUUGUGGCAUUAGCGCAUUAUGCAAUGUGAUUAGUCACACACCAAUUUGUACAUGCCAAACCGGUUACACUGGUAAUCCGUUCACUGUCUGCAAUCCGUUACCACCACCGAGAACUGAAGUUGUACCUCAAGACGAUCCAUGUAUACCCUCACCAUGCGGCCCUAACGCAAAAUGUAACAAUGGUCAGUGUACAUGUAUACCCGAAUACCAUGGAGAUCCUUACACAGGCUGUAGGCCAGAAUGUGUAUUGCAUACUGAUUGUGCUAGAGAUCGCUCUUGUGUACGACACAAAUGUGUUGAUCCUUGUCCAGGAACCUGCGCUUCUAAUGCCAUCUGCGAAGUCAUGAAUCAUAUACCAAUUUGUCGCUGUCCCGACGGUAUGGAAGGCAACGCUUUCGUACAAUGCUCACCGAUACCAAAAUUGGAUGUGCCACAAAAUCCUUGCCAGCCAACACCUUGCGGUCCAAACAGUCAGUGCCGUGAGGUAAAUCAACAAGCUGUCUGCUCCUGCAUCGCAUCCUUUGUCGGUAGUCCACCGUUUUGUAGGCCGGAAUGCACAAUCAACUCGGAGUGUCCGCUUAACCAAGCUUGUCUCAAUCAAAAAUGUUCCGAUCCGUGUCCCGGCGUUUGCGGCAACAAUGCUCUUUGUCAUGUUGCCAAUCAUAUACCGUUCUGCCGUUGCCCAGACAGAUAUUCCGGCAAUCCGUUUGUUAGUUGUCAACCGAUUUUAGACACACCCAAACCACGUCCACCGAGUCAACUUUGUGUUCCAUCGCCAUGUGGUCCAUACUCGGAAUGCCGCGCUGUUGGCGACACGCCUUCGUGUACUUGCUUACCUGACUAUAUUGGUGCGCCUCCAAAUUGCCGACCAGAAUGCGUGACCAGCUCAGAAUGCAACACCAAUUUAGCGUGUAUUAAUCAAAAAUGCAAAGAUCCUUGUCCAGGUUUAUGUGGCAAUAGCGCUUUGUGUCGUGUACUUUCGCACACUCCAAGCUGUUAUUGUCCAGCCGGCUUUGAAGGAGAUCCAUUCAUACAAUGUGUGGAAAGCAAGAUACCACAAUUGGAUCACAUCGAUCCUUGCAAUCCAAGUCCAUGCGGUCCAAAUGCACGUUGCAUGCAACGUAAUGACGCUGGUUCAUGCCAAUGCCUUCCGGAAUACUUUGGAAAUCCUUACGAAGUCUGUAGACCCGAAUGUAUGUUGAAUUCCGAUUGUGCUUCCAAUAUGGCCUGUCAAAAUAUGAAAUGUCGCGAUCCUUGUCCUGGCACUUGUGGACAGAAUGCCAUUUGUUCAGUACUAAAUCAUGUGCCAACCUGUAAUUGUGUACCUGGCUAUAGUGGCGAUCCAUAUCGUUCUUGCCAAGUGGAGAAACAACCUAUCAAGGAAUAUGUCAAUCCGUGCCAGCCAUCACCUUGUGGUCCCAACUCACAGUGUCGAGAAAUUAACGAACAAGCUGUGUGCUCUUGUUUACCCGAAUACAUUGGCAGUCCACCACUUUGCCGCCCCGAGUGCACCAUUUCGACUGAGUGUGCGUUCGACAAAGCCUGUAUCAAUCAGAAAUGCGCAGAUCCUUGCCCAGGCACAUGCGGGCAAAAUGCCAAUUGUCGUGUACAUAAUCAUAGCCCAAUCUGUUCUUGUCGUGCAGGUUUUACAGGAGAUGCCUUUUCACGUUGCUUCGCUAUACCACCCACACCACCUGCACCCGUACAACGCCAACCCGUCGAUCCUUGUGUACCCUCACCAUGUGGUCCGAAUUCACAGUGCCGUCGCAUUGGAGAAUCACCUUCUUGUUCUUGUUUACCUACUUACAUUGGUGCUCCACCUAAUUGUCGUCCAGAAUGCACCAUUAAUGCUGAAUGUCCAAGUAGUCAGGCGUGUAUCAAUGAAAAAUGUCGCGAUCCUUGUCCCGGCUCAUGUGGUUUGGGUGCUAUCUGUAAUGUUAUCAAUCAUACGCCAAGCUGUGUUUGCCCAACUGGAUAUACUGGAGAUCCUUUCACUUACUGUCUACCAGAGCCACCACCAAAACCUGUUGUCAAAGACGAUCCAUGCAAUCCUUCACCCUGCGGUUCGAAUGCUCAAUGCAACGAUGGUAUUUGCACAUGUAUACCAGAAUACCAGGGCGAUCCGUAUACCGGUUGUCGACCAGAAUGUGUACUGAAUACAGACUGUCCACGCGAUCGCGCUUGCAUACGAAAUAAAUGUGUUGAUCCUUGUCCCGGCACUUGUGCAUCAAAUGCUUUGUGUAGCGUCAUCAAUCACAUACCUAUCUGCUCGUGUCCGAACGGAAUGUCUGGCAACGCUUUUAUACAGUGCUCUCCGUUACCACCGCCAGUUAAAGUUAACCCUUGUCAGCCCUCACCUUGUGGUCCCAACUCACAGUGUCGCGAAGUAAAUGAGCAAGCUGUUUGUUCUUGCAUACCAGGCUUCAUUGGCGCACCACCAACAUGUCGACCGGAGUGUACUGCUAACCAGGAAUGUCCAGCCAAUUUGGCGUGCAUAAAUCAGAAAUGUGUCGAUCCUUGCCCUGGUACUUGCGGACGGAAUGCUCAGUGCAGUACCGUAAAUCACAAUCCUUUCUGCACGUGCAUACCACAAUACACUGGAAAUCCAUUUGUCGCUUGCCAACGUAUCAUAGAACAACCACAAUUGGAUGUCACACCAACUGAUCCUUGCCGUCCAUCGCCAUGCGGUCCGAACUCAGAAUGCCGUGCUAUCGGCAACACGCCAUCGUGCACGUGUCUUGCAAACUUCAUCGGUUCCCCACCUUACUGCAAGCCGGAAUGCGUUUCAAAUUCGGAAUGCCCAUCCACACAGGCAUGCAUUAAUCAAAAAUGCAAAGAUCCCUGCCCAGGACUCUGCGGCACUAGUGCUGAGUGUCACGUCGUAUCACACACACCGCGUUGCAACUGUUUGCCCGGCUUUACUGGCGAUCCAUUCACAAUUUGCCAGCCAAUACGUGUAGCCGCACCAAUUGAAGUGCUAAACCCAUGUUCGCCAUCACCUUGCGGUGCCAACGCAAAUUGCCUCGAACGUAAUGGUGCUGGUGCGUGCCAAUGUUUACCGGAAUACUUUGGCAAUCCAUAUGAGGGCUGUCGACCGGAAUGUGUACUCAAUUCGGACUGUCCGUCGAAUAAGGCUUGCCAAAACCAAAAAUGUCGGGAUCCUUGCCCUGGUACCUGUGGACAGAAUGCUGAAUGUAAUGUCGUCAACCAUAUACCAACUUGUAAUUGCUUCGUUGGUUAUACCGGGGAUCCAUAUCGUUAUUGUACAAGACCAGCAGAACCCAUUGUACAAGAGUACGUAAACCCAUGCCAACCCAGUCCAUGUGGACCGAAUUCUCAGUGUCGUGAAGUAAACGGUCAAGCUGUGUGCUCAUGUUUAAGUGAGUUUAUAGGCGUACCACCUUCCUGUAGACCCGAGUGUACAUCUAGUUCAGAGUGUACAAGUGAUAAGGCGUGUAUAAAUCGAAAAUGCGUUGACCCUUGUCCUGGAGUUUGCGGUCAAAGUGCGUUAUGUCAAGUGCGCAAUCAUAGUCCAAUUUGUUCCUGUCGUAGUGGUCUAACCGGUGAUCCAUUCGUGCGUUGUUAUCCCUUACCACCGCCACCACCUCCUAAAGCCGCCGAUGUAUACCGUGAUCCUUGCGUGCCAUCGCCAUGUGGUCCAUAUGCCACUUGUCGCAACCAAAAUAAUGUGCCAUCUUGUACAUGUCAACCAAAUUAUAUAGGCGCACCUCCCAAUUGUCGUCCCGAGUGUACGGUUAACUCCGAUUGUAUCAGUAGCCAGGCAUGUAUAAAUGAACGAUGUCGCGAUCCAUGUCCGGGUGCAUGCGGUGUCAAUACCGUGUGCAGUGUCAUAAACCACACACCGAACUGUGCAUGCCAGCCUGGUUAUAUAGGUGACGCAUUCAUUGCUUGUCAUCCAGCACCACCACCUCCACCACCGCAACAAGAACCUAUUGAUCCUUGCAAUCCUAGUCCAUGUGGACCCAACGCUAUCUGCUCAGGUGAUGGGCAAUGUACGUGUAUAGCUGAGUAUCAGGGUGACCCCUAUGUCGCGUGUAAACCAGAAUGUAUACUCAAUACAGAGUGUCCACGUGAUCGCGCCUGCAUAAGACAGAAAUGUGUUGAUCCUUGUCCAGGCACAUGUGCCUCAGAAGCAAUAUGUGAAGUCUUUAAUCAUGUGCCUAUGUGCCGUUGUCCGGAACGUAUGACCGGCAAUGCAUUUGUGCAAUGUGUACCGGUUCAAACUGAUAUUUACCGUAAUCCUUGUCAACCAUCGCCUUGUGGUCCGAACUCACAAUGUCGCGAAGUGAACUCGCAAGCUGUGUGUAGUUGUCUGCCCAACUAUCUAGGUAGUCCACCAUCAUGUCGCCCAGAAUGUACCAGCAACUCUGAUUGUCAACCAAACCGUGCUUGUCAAAAUCAACGUUGCGUAGAUCCAUGUCCCGGUACAUGUGGUUUGUAUGCGAAAUGCGCAGUAGUCAAUCACAAUCCUUUCUGCACGUGCAAUGAACGCUAUACAGGCAAUCCUUUUGUACAAUGUCGUCCUAUAAUUGAACCUGUACGUGAUAUUACACCAAUCAACCCGUGUCAACCUUCACCAUGUGGACCGAAUAGCCGCUGUCAAGCUGUGGGCGAAUCGCCAUCGUGCUCUUGCCUUGAAAACUUCUACGGUCAACCACCAAACUGUCGUCCCGAAUGUGUGACAAACUCGGAAUGUUCGUCAAACAAUGUUUGUCGAAAUAAUCGCUGUGUGGACCCAUGUCCUGGACUUUGUGGCAAUAAUGCACUCUGUCGUGUUAUAAGUCACUCAGCAAUGUGUUACUGUGAGAACGACUACACCGGUGAUCCAUUCGUACAAUGUACCUUGAUUGUACGUGCACCAACCGAAGUUGUCGAUCCUUGCAAUCCGAAUCCGUGCGGUUCAUUCGCCGAAUGCUUACAGCAAAAUGGUGUAGGCUCAUGUAAAUGUCUUGAUGAGUAUUUCGGAAACCCCUACGAAGGAUGCCGUCCUGAAUGUGUGCUGAAUACUGAUUGUCCAUCGAACAAAGCGUGUAUCAAUCAGAAAUGUCGCGAUCCAUGCCCCGGUACAUGUGGUUUGAAUGCUGAGUGUUACACCAGAAAUCAUCUACCCACCUGCUCUUGCUUAUACGGCUUUGUAGGUGAUCCAUAUCGUUAUUGCGCCGUUGAAGAGAAACCCAUAGUACAAGAAUACGUCAACCCUUGUCAACCAUCGCCAUGCGGUCCCAAUAGUCAGUGUCGCGAAGUGAAUAGUCAAGCAGUGUGCUCUUGUCUGCCAGAAUUUAUUGGCACUCCACCGGCGUGUAGGCCCGAAUGUACUAUAAGUACUGAGUGUAACUUCGACAAAGCCUGUAUCAAUCAAAAAUGUGCCGAUCCAUGUCCAGGCGUUUGUGGUACCGGAGCCCAGUGUCAAGUGCGCAACCACGCACCACUGUGUUCUUGUCAGCUUGGUUACACUGGUGAUCCGUUCACACGUUGUUAUCCCAUACCUCCGCCACCACCGACAACUGUCGCCGAACCAAUACGAGAUCCCUGCUUGCCUUCACCUUGUGGCCCCAACUCUCAAUGUAGAAAUGUAAACGGUCAAGCCUCAUGCUCCUGUUUACCCAAUUUCUUUGGCGCACCACCAAAUUGUCGUCCAGAGUGUGUCACCAACUCGGAGUGUUCAUCCAACUUGGCAUGUAUUAAUAACCGUUGCACUGAUCCUUGUCCAGGUUCUUGCGCAUACAAUGCUCAAUGCAGUGUGAUAAAUCACAUACCCAUAUGUUCUUGUCCAAAGGAUUAUAUAGGCGAUCCAUUUGUUAGUUGUCAACCGGCGCCACCAUCUCAACCACCCGUGAAAGAUGAUCCUUGUAAUCCAUCACCUUGUGGCCCUAACGCCGUCUAUAACGAUGGUCAAUGCACUUGUAUACCUGAAUAUCAAGGCGACCCCUUCGUUGGCUGUCGUCCGGAGUGUGUGUUGAAUUCGGAAUGUCCACACGAUAAGGCUUGUAUUAGAAAUAAAUGUGUUGAUCCAUGUCCAGGUACAUGUGGUGUCAAUGCUAUUUGCGAAGUGCUAAAUCAUGUGCCCAUGUGCCGUUGUCCAGAUGGCAUGUCCGGAAAUGCAUUCUACCAAUGUGAUCCAAUACCACCUAAACUUGUCUCCAAUCCAUGUGAACCAUCACCGUGUGGUCCGAAUAGUCGCUGUCGUGUUGUCAACCAAAAUGCUGUAUGUUCUUGCAUCGAAGGUUUCAUCGGUAAUCCACCUACAUGUCGUCCAGAGUGUGUCCGUAAUUCUGAUUGUGGUCCACAAAUGGCCUGUCAGAACCAAAAAUGUGUCGAUCCUUGCCCUGGAGCUUGUGGUUUUAAUGCUAUUUGCAAAGUGACAAAUCAUGCGCCGAUCUGUACAUGCCCGGUGCGUCAUACUGGAAAUCCAUUUGUGGCCUGCCAACGCAUAAUUGAACCACCAAUACGCUUACAAGAACCAAAGGAUCCUUGCUACCCAUCACCUUGCGGUCCGAAUUCGCAAUGCCGCGCUGUCGGUGAUGCUCCGUCAUGCUCCUGUUUACCACAAUUUAUUGGUUCACCACCUAACUGUCGACCGGAGUGUGUUACGAAUAGUGAAUGCAGCCAAGACAAGGCAUGUAUUAAUCAAAAAUGUGUUGAUCCUUGCCCUGGCUUAUGCGGACAGAAUGCUCAGUGUCGCGUAAUCAGUCAUACAGCGAUGUGCCUUUGUGCGCCUGGUUUUACAGGCGAUCCCUUCACGGCCUGCUUGCCAGAGCCAGUGAAACAAGAUGAAAUCAUAUCGCCUUGUGAACCAAAUCCGUGUGGUGUUAACGCGGAGUGUCGUCAAGUGAACAACGCCGGUUCUUGUCAAUGUUUGCCCGAAUACUUUGGCAACCCUUAUGAUGGCUGUCGUCCAGAAUGUGUCACGAACUCCGACUGUCCACUUGAUAAAUCAUGCCAGAAUCAGAAAUGCCGUGAUCCUUGUCCGGGUGUUUGUGCGCUAAAUGCUAUUUGUCGCGUAAUAAAUCACUUACCAUCUUGUAAUUGUCUUGAUGGUUUCAUAGGUGAUCCGUACACUUAUUGUCAAUUACCAGUGAAACCAAUUAUGAAUGAGUAUGUUAAUCCUUGUCAACCAUCGCCCUGCGGACCAAACUCACAAUGUCGCGAAGUGAACAAUCAAGCGGUUUGUUCAUGUCUGCCUACUUUUGUUGGCACACCGCCAGCAUGUCGACCCGAGUGUACUACAAGCGCUGAAUGUGCCUUAGAUAAGGCGUGCAUCAACCAGAAAUGUCAGGAUCCUUGCCCUGGCACAUGCGGUUCCAAUGCGGAAUGUAACGUACGUAACCACUCACCUUUCUGUACUUGUUUGAAUGGAUAUACAGGAAAUGCCUUCACACGCUGUCAUCCAAUACCACCACCGCCUCCAGCUGCAACACCACCUGAACCUGUACGAAAUCUAUGUGUGCCCUCGCCAUGUGGACAGUUUGCUGAAUGUCGCGAUAUCAACGGUAGUCCGUCUUGUUCAUGUCUACCUACAUAUAUAGGUAGUCCACCUAACUGUCGACCCGAAUGUACCAGAAAUUCGGAUUGCGCCAGCACACAAGCUUGUAUUAAUCAAAAAUGUCGCGAUCCUUGCCCAGGCGCGUGCGGUUUUAAUGCAAAUUGUAAUGUUAUUAAUCAUACACCGAUUUGUCAGUGCGCGUCAGGCUUGAUUGGAGAUCCAUUUGUCUCUUGUCAAGCACCACCACCUCCACCUCCUAAACUGGCAGAGGACCCAUGCAAUCCCUCGCCUUGUGGUCCAAAUACUGUGUGUCGCGAUGGUCAGUGCGAAUGUAUACCGGAGUAUCAAGGUAAUCCAUUGAUUGGUUGUCGCCCAGAAUGUGUUUUGAACACAGACUGUUCUUCGGACAAGGCAUGCAUACGUCAAAAAUGCACAGAUCCUUGUCCGGGCACUUGUGCAUCGAACGCCAUUUGUGAGGUGCACAACCACAUACCAAUGUGUCAUUGCCCAGAAGGUAUGACCGGUAAUGCAUUCGCUCUGUGCCAACCUAUACCUACACCAGUGCAGACAAAUCCAUGUCAACCGUCGCCAUGUGGUCCAAACUCACAAUGUCGCGUGAUAAAUCAACAAGCUGUGUGUUCUUGCUUACCAGAAUUUAUUGGUGCCCCACCAUCUUGUCGGCCGGAAUGUACCAGCAAUGCAGAAUGUGCCCUUAAUCGCGCUUGUUUGCAGCAGAAAUGUCGCGAUCCCUGCCCUGGAGUAUGCGGCGUCAAUGCCGAGUGCACGGUCAUCAAUCACUCGCCGAUUUGUCGCUGUACCAAUUCUUACACUGGCAAUCCGUUCGUUGCAUGCAGUCCUGUUCGAAUUGUUCCUCAAUUGGAUGUUGUACCUAAAGAUCCUUGUCGUCCCUCGCCUUGCGGACCGAAUGCUGAGUGUCGCGCUGUAGGCGACAGCCCAUCAUGUUCAUGUCUCAAAAACUUUAUAGGUGCACCACCAAACUGCCGUCCUGAAUGUGUAACAAAUUCCGAAUGUCCACUGCCACAAGCUUGCAUUAAUCAACGUUGCCAAGAUCCCUGCCCAGGAGUUUGUGGCUCAAACGCCGAUUGUCAUGUCAUUAAUCACACACCAAUGUGUGUGUGUACAAGCGGUUAUACUGGAGAUCCAUUCAACUAUUGCGACGUCAUACGCGAUGUACCGGAAGAAGUACUCAACCCUUGUCAACCAAGUCCUUGCGGAUCCAACACGGAAUGUAUUGUACGUAACGGCGCUGGCGCUUGUCAAUGUCUACCUGAAUAUCAAGGCAACCCAUAUGAGGGUUGUCGUCCUGAAUGUGUUGUAAACUCUGAUUGUCCAACGAACAAGGCUUGCCUACAGAACAAAUGUAAAGAUCCCUGCCCAGGCACUUGCGGACAGAAUGCACUCUGUUAUGUACGCAAUCAUUUGCCAACUUGCAACUGUUUAACUGGUUAUACAGGCGAUCCUUACAGCUACUGUACGGUAUUGACAGAACCUAAAUUAGACGUGGUAAACCCAUGUCAGCCUUCACCAUGUGGACCAAAUUCACAAUGUAAGGAAGUCAAGCAACAAGCGGUCUGCUCCUGUCUACCAACAUUCAUCGGCACCCCACCAGACUGCCGCCCUGAAUGUACCAUAUCCAGCGAAUGUGCGCUCGAUAAGGCAUGUGUCAAUCAAAAAUGCGUCGAUCCGUGCCCCGGUGUGUGUGGACUUAACGCCGAAUGCCGCGUGCAUAACCAUAACCCACUUUGCACUUGUCGAAACCGUUACACCGGCGAUGCGUUUACCAGAUGCUAUCCAAUACCACCACCACCGCCUGUGCCCGUCAUUAGAGAGGAAUACCGCGAUCCAUGCGUACCAUCACCUUGUGGUGCUAAUGCUGUAUGCCGUAACGUCAAUGGUCAGGCCUCGUGUUCUUGUCUGCCCAACUACCUAGGUGCACCACCCAACUGCCGACCCGAGUGUUCAAUCAAUGCCGAGUGCUCGCCACACUUGGCGUGUAUAAAUGAAAAAUGUCGCGACCCCUGCCCGGGAUCUUGUGGUUUCUCUGCAAUUUGUAGUGUCAUUAAUCACACGCCUAUAUGUACCUGCCCAGCUGAUUAUACAGGCGAUCCGUUCACUAGCUGUAUACCUAAGCCACCCGAGCCUCAACCGCCUUUACAAGACCCAUGUAAUCCGUCACCCUGCGGUAGUAAUGCCAUCUGUAAUAACGGCGUAUGCUCAUGCUUGCCUGAGUACCAAGGAAACGCUUACUCAGGUUGUCGACCAGAAUGUGUACUCAAUACUGAGUGCCCACGUGACAAAGCUUGUAUAAGAAACAAAUGCGUUGACCCUUGUCCAGGCACAUGUGGUGUGGGAGCCAUCUGUGAUGUGUUUAAUCAUAUACCUAUGUGUCGUUGCCCUGAUGGUAUGUCGGGCAACGCUUUCGUUCAAUGCUCUGUACUACAAACUCCGCCAACUAUAACGAAUGUGUGUCAACCGUCGCCGUGCGGCCCUAAUUCACAAUGUCAUGAAGUUAAUCAACAGGCAGUUUGCGCUUGCUUACCAGACUAUUUCAGCUCACCACCUAACUGCCGACCUGAGUGUACCAUAAACUCGGAUUGUCCACCGAACUUAGCUUGCGUUAAUCAGAAAUGUCGAGAUCCAUGUCCCGGCAGCUGCGGCGUACGUGCCGUGUGCUCGGUCAUUAAUCACGCGCCAUUCUGUAGUUGCCCGAGCGGCUACACUGGCAAUGCGCAUACUCUAUGCCAACUAUUACCACCGCCGACACCUCAACAGGAACCUGUAAAUCCCUGCGUACCUUCGCCAUGCGGUCCCAACUCACAAUGCGCUGACAGAAAUGGUUCACCAUCGUGCAGCUGCUUACCAGAUUAUAUUGGUGCUCCACCAAAUUGCCGACCAGAAUGUUUAUCUUCCUCGGAAUGUACCAGCAAUAAAGCAUGUAUCAACAUGAAGUGCCGCGAUCCAUGUCCCGGUGUUUGUGGCACAUCAGCUACUUGUCAUGUGGUUAGUCACACCCCAUCUUGCGUCUGCAUCGCCGGUUAUAUGGGUGAUCCAUUCACGCAAUGUUACCCCGAACCGAUUGUUGAGCUCGAACAGAUUAAUCCGUGUGUGCCUAGUCCAUGUGGCAGCAACGCUAUUUGUACCACACAAAACAACGCCGGCGCUUGUAAGUGUCUGCCAGAGUAUUUCGGCAAUCCAUAUGAGGGUUGCCGUCCCGAGUGUAUCGCAAAUUCGGAUUGUCCUUCGAAUAAGGCUUGUCGAAAUCAAAAGUGUCAAGAUCCCUGCCCUGGCGUUUGUGGACAAAAUGCGCAGUGUGACGCCAUUAAUCAUUUGCCCACCUGCAGUUGUCUGUCGGGUUACACCGGUGACCCGUACAGCUACUGUAAUGUCUUGAAAGAACCUAUUAGAGAAUAUGUCAAUCCAUGCAUACCCUCGCCAUGUGGCCCGAAUUCUCAAUGUCGCGAGGUAAACGAACAAGCCGUAUGCUCAUGUCUGCCCGAAUUUAUUGGCAGUCCACCCUCUUGUCGUCCCGAAUGCACAUCGAACUCUGAAUGUCCCGCUGAUAAAGCCUGCAUCAACAAGAAAUGUCAAGAUCCUUGCCCUGGCACUUGUGGCUCGAAUGCUGAGUGUCGCGUACGUUCACAUAGCCCAUAUUGUAGUUGUCGCCCAGGUUAUACUGGCGAUGCAUUUGUCCGUUGCAAUCCUAUACCACCACCACCACCGCCAGCGCGUGAACCAUACCGCGAUCCAUGUGUUCCUUCACCUUGCGGUCAAUAUGCCGUUUGUCGUGUUGUGAAUGAACAGCCGACGUGUUCUUGUCUACCUUCGUAUACCGGUUCACCGCCCAAUUGCCGCCCAGAAUGUGUUAUAAACUCGGACUGUGCCAGCAAUCGCGCCUGCAUAAACGAAAAGUGUCGCGAUCCUUGCCCUGGAUCUUGUGGAGUGUAUGCCGUUUGCAAUGUUCUAAAUCAUACGCCAGUGUGUACGUGCCCGGCCGGAUAUAUCGGUGAUCCAUUCACGAGUUGCCACCCGCAACCAGCUCCACCACCUCCACCUACCCCUGCUGACGAUCCUUGCAUACCAUCACCGUGUGGCACUAACGCUCAAUGCAGCGAUGGUAUUUGCACUUGCAUAGGUGAAUAUCAAGGCGAUCCAUACACUGGUUGCCGUCCUGAAUGUAUUCUUAACAGCGAAUGCUCGCGCGAUAAAGCUUGUAUCAACCAGAAAUGUCAAGAUCCUUGUCCCGGCACCUGUGCUUCGAACGCGAUAUGUGAAGUGCACAAUCAUGUACCCAUGUGCCACUGCCCAGCGGGAAUGCAAGGCAAUGCAUUUGUUCUCUGCCAACCAAUUCCGGAGCGGCCACCUGAACCAGCGCAUCCAUGCCAACCAUCACCAUGCGGUCCAAACUCACAAUGUCAAGAUAGAAAUGGUAUAGCUGUUUGUUCGUGUGUAGCAGAUAUGAUUGGUACACCACCCGCUUGUCGCCCAGAAUGUAUUAGCAAUUCUGAGUGUCCAAUGAACCACGCAUGCAUCAAUCAGAAAUGCAAAGAUCCGUGUCCAGGCGCUUGCGGCCAUAAUGCACUCUGUAACAUUGUGAAUCAUAACCCUAUUUGCUCGUGUCCAACGGGUUAUACCGGAAGUCCAUUUGUAGCUUGUCAACCCAUCAUCACUCCUCCGACUUAUGAAGAGCCACGCGAUCCCUGCCGUCCAUCACCGUGCGGCGCCAAUGCUCAAUGCAGCAACAUAAAUGGUGCACCUUCAUGUACUUGUCUCUCUGAGUUUAUAGGCGUACCACCAAAUUGUCGUCCAGAAUGUAUAUCCAAUUCAGAAUGUCCAUCCGAUAAGGCUUGCAUUAAUCAGAAGUGUCGCGAUCCAUGCCCGGGUCUAUGUGGUUCCAAUGCACAGUGUCAUACUUUGAAUCACAUACCCAAUUGUGUUUGUGAACAAGGUUACGUUGGAGACCCCUUCACCGUCUGCCGCUUGCCAUUACCGCCACCACCAGCACCAGUACCGGACUUUAUAGACCCAUGUGUACCGAAUCCUUGUGGAGAUAAUGCGGAAUGUCGUCGUCAUAACAAUGUUGGAUCUUGUGUCUGUCUUCCGGAAUAUUUCGGAAACCCUUAUCAAGGUUGUCGACCCGAGUGUGUGCUAAACAGUGAUUGUCCAUCAAAUAAAGCCUGCGUACAACGUAAAUGUCAAGAUCCAUGUCCUGGCACUUGCGGUCGCAAUGCCGAAUGCCAGGUUGUUAAUCACCUACCCGUUUGCCAUUGCUUCAAUGGCUAUACGGGCAAUCCGUUUAGCUUAUGCUCACCCGUAAAACAAUUGGAGCCCAUUUAUGUUAAUCCAUGCCAACCUUCGCCGUGCGGUCCGAAUGCGCAGUGCCAUGAAGUUAAUCAACAAGCUGUUUGUUCGUGCUUGCCUGAAUUUAUUGGCUCGCCGCCUGCUUGCCGUCCAGAGUGUACCGUUAAUUCGGAAUGUCCGCUCACACAGGCUUGCAUAAAUCGUAAAUGCGCAGAUCCUUGCCCUGGUACCUGUGGGCAAAAUGCAGAAUGUCGCGUUUACAACCAUAAUCCGAUUUGUUCGUGCAGAGUUAGCUAUACGGGAGAUGCUUUUACGCGUUGCUAUCCAAUACCGCAGCCAAUCGCAGAUGUAACGCCACAACCACCAAGUAAUCCCUGCAAUCCUUCACCUUGUGGCCAAUACGCGCAAUGUCAUAAUCGUAACGGCGGCGCGGUUUGCUCAUGUCUACCUAGCUACAUAGGUAGUCCACCGAAUUGCCGCCCGGAAUGCGUUGUACAUUCCGAUUGUCAGUCGAAUCGUGCCUGCAUCAAUGAGAAGUGUCGUGAUCCAUGUCCCGGCUCAUGUGGUUUUAACGCAAUUUGUAAUGUACUCAAUCAUGUACCCAACUGCGUCUGUCCAACUGGCUAUGUAGGAGAUCCAUUCAGUAGCUGUCAACCAGAGCCACCCCAACCGGUGCAACGUGAGCCCAUCAAACAGGAUCCUUGUGUGCCAUCACCUUGUGGUGCGAAUGCUGCUUGUAGUGGAGAUGGUGUGUGUACUUGUCUGCCCGAAUAUCAUGGAGAUCCAUACAGUGGUUGUCGUCCAGAAUGUGUACUCAACAGCGAUUGCGCCCGUGACCGUGCUUGUAUCAAUCAAAAAUGUAAAGACCCAUGCCCGGGUACUUGUGGCACGCUUGCGCUGUGCAAUGUUAUAAACCACGUACCGAUGUGUUCGUGUCCAGCAGGCAUGACAGGCAAUGCAUUUGUUUAUUGCGAAAGCAUACCAAUCGUCGAACCGCCACCGCCCGUAAACCCCUGUCAACCUUCUCCUUGUGGUCCCAAUGCACAGUGUCGCGCGUCUAAUCAACAAGCCAUCUGCUCUUGCCUACCUGGUUAUAUUGGUGCACCACCAUCUUGUCGUCCCGAGUGUGUUUCCAAUUCCGAAUGUGCUUUGGAUAAGUACUGUUUGAAUCAGCGUUGCCAAGAUCCGUGCGCCGGUACCUGUGGUUUACGUGCCGUCUGUCAUGUUCAAAAUCAUAGCCCAAUAUGUGCCUGUCCACCACGUUACACCGGCGAUCCGUUCAUUUCCUGCCAGCCAAUAAUUAUACCAAAACCGGCACCGAUAAGCGACGUAACGCCUACAAAUCCAUGCCAACCAUCACCUUGCGGACCGAACUCGGAAUGUACCGCCACUGCGAAUGGUGCACAAUGUACUUGCUUACGUGAUUUCAUUGGUACUGCACCAAACUGCCGUCCCGAAUGCGUAACAAGUGCUGAGUGUGUCUCGGACAAGGCGUGCAUCAAUCGCAAAUGCGCCGAUCCUUGUCCGGGUUCGUGUGGUGUUGCAGCCGAGUGUCGUGUAUUGGCGCACAGCGCAAUGUGUUACUGUCCAAGCGGAUAUACUGGCGAUCCUUUCUCUACAUGCGUUAAGCAACAGGAACCACCAACGGAGGUGGCUUUACCUUGCAGUCCCAGCCCUUGUGGUCCAAACGCAAUUUGCCAACCACGUAAUGGCAUUAGCGUUUGUCAAUGUUUACCCGACUAUUUCGGUAAUCCUUAUGAAGCUUGUCGUCCUGAAUGUGUUAGAAAUUCGGAUUGUUCAGCGGACAAAGCUUGUCGAAACCAAAAGUGUCGUGAUCCAUGUCCCGGCACUUGUGGUUCGCAAGCCACUUGUCAAGUCGUCAAUCAUAUACCGAACUGUGCCUGCCUGCCAGGCUACCGCGGCGAUCCAUAUACACGUUGUGAAAUAGUGCAGGCAGAACCUGAACCACCCGUCAAAGUAAGUCCCUGCCAACCAUCACCAUGUGGCGCCAACGCACAAUGUCGCGAAUCAAAUGGUCAAGCCGUUUGCUCGUGUCUACCGGAAUUCGUUGGCACUCCACCCACUUGUCGUCCAGAAUGUGUCGUCAGCUCAGAAUGUCCAUCCGACAAAGCAUGCAUCAACCAGAAAUGUAAAGAUCCCUGUCCAGGCGCUUGUGGCUUAAACGCCGAAUGUCAUGUACAUAACCAUAGUCCGUUGUGUGCUUGUAAGGCCGGUUAUACCGGCGAAGCCUUCACCAGCUGCCAGCGUAUACCACCACCACGUACCCCAGAACCGCCACAAGCAGAUGUCAAUCCAUGCAUACCGUCGCCUUGUGGCCCAUACGCACAAUGUCGUGAAGUGAAUGGUGCCGCUACAUGCAGCUGUUUGACGAACUACAUUGGCGCGCCGCCCAACUGCCGUCCGGAAUGUACAAUAAAUGCGGAAUGUGCCAGCAAUAUGGCCUGUAUUAACGAACGUUGUCGCGAUCCAUGUCCCGGUUCAUGUGGAUUUUCAGCGCUUUGUAAUGUAAUAUAUCAUACACCCAGCUGUUCUUGUCCCGUUGGCUAUACCGGUGAUCCGUUUACCAGCUGUCGUCCAUUACCACCACCGCCACCAGCACCAAAACCAGCGGAACCUGUGGAUCCAUGCAUCCCUUCACCAUGUGGCGCAAAUACUGUCUGCAAUAACGGGCAAUGUUCCUGCAUACCGGAAUAUCAUGGCGAUCCCAUCAUCGGUUGUCGCCCAGAAUGUGUGCUUAAUGCGGAUUGUCCACGUGAUCGCGCUUGCGUGCGUAAUAAAUGUGUGGACCCAUGUCCAGGUACAUGUGGCCAACGCGCACUCUGUGACGUCGUUAACCACAUACCAAUGUGUCGCUGUCCAGAACGUAUGACUGGUAAUGCAUUUGUCGCUUGCGAUCCAGUUCCUGAAGUGGAGUUGAAGAAUCCAUGCCAGCCAUCGCCUUGCGGCCCCAAUUCACAGUGUAUUGAACGUGGUGGCAAUGCCAUUUGCUCUUGUAUUACUGGUUACUUCGGCAAUCCACCAAACUGUCGCCUCGAGUGUUAUAGCAGUUCGGAUUGUGCACAAAUACACGCGUGUAUCAAUAACAAAUGUGUUGAUCCUUGCCCAGGUCAAUGUGGACUGAAUGCCGAGUGUCAGGCGGUGCAGCAUCGCGCACACUGCGAAUGUAUACGCGGUUAUACCGGUAAUCCAUAUUCACUUUGCACGAGACCAGAAAUACGACAAGAACCACCUGCAAUACAGAACCCUUGUAUACCAUCCCCUUGCGGUCCUAAUGCUCAAUGUAGUGACGUAAAAGGACAGCCGCGUUGCUCUUGUCUGGAUGACUUUAUUGGUACACCGCCAAAUUGUCGCCCAGAAUGCUCUAGUAAUGACGAUUGUCCUAACAACUUGGCUUGCAUCAACCGCAAAUGUCGUGACCCAUGUCCCGGUUCAUGUGGUUUGAAUGCCAAUUGUCUUGUGACCCUGCAUAUACCCAAUUGUCAUUGCCCAGUUGGCAUGACCGGCGAUCCCUUCCGCGUAUGUUAUGAGGCUCCAAAAAUAUUACCACCACCACCGAAACAGGAACCACGUGAUCCUUGCCGUCCAUCACCAUGCGGUCCGAACAGUGAAUGCCGUGGACGUGGCGAUAGCUACACCUGCUCAUGUAUUAACGACUACAUUGGUAAUCCGUAUGAAGGUUGCCGUCCCGAAUGUAUUGGCAAUUCUGAGUGUUCCUCGAAUCGUGCUUGCAUACACAACAAAUGCGCCGAUCCUUGUCCAGGCACUUGUGGUGUUGAGGCGCUUUGCACCAUUCACAACCACAUACCGAUUUGCUCUUGCCCCACUGGCUACAGUGGCAAUGCCUUCGUCCAAUGUUCACCGAUUGUAAUAGAACACAUACCACAGGAACGUCGUGAUCCAUGCUACCCAACACCGUGUGGCAUAAAUACGGUAUGCAAAGUACAACGCGAUCAGGCUGUUUGUGAAUGUCUACCAGGCUUCUUUGGCAAUCCACAAGGACAAGGUUGUCGUCCCGAGUGUACACUCAGCUCCGACUGUGCCAAGGAUAAGGCGUGUGUCAAUUCCAAAUGUGUCGAUCCAUGUCCCGGCGUCUGCGGUUAUGGCGCACAAUGCCAGACCGCCAAUCACAAUCCAAUAUGUAGUUGUCCCAGCCCAAUGGUUGGCAAUCCGUUCGUUGAAUGUCAUGCACCACCGCAACCGAUCGAUCCAUGCAAUCCAUCACCAUGCCGCAGCAAUGGCAUAUGCCAGGUUAUCAAUGGUGCUGCCACUUGCACGUACCCCGAAUGUGUAACCAAUGAAGACUGCUCACGUAAUCGUGCUUGUAUCAAUCAGAAAUGUCGCGACCCAUGUAUUAAUGCUUGCGGUGUCAAUGCGAUCUGUAAUGUCAUUAAUCAUAAGGCGGUAUGUACCUGUCCAACCGGUUAUUAUGGCUCACCGUUUAACCAAUGUCUUCGACAAAUGGAGGAAAUACCAGCACCACGACCAGAAUGUACCACCGACGCUGAAUGCUCCAACGACAAGGCGUGCGUCAACCAGGCUUGUCAGAAUCCAUGCGAACUCUCGAAUAUUUGCGGCACAAACGCACGCUGUCACGUGCAAUUGCACAGACCACUCUGUGUCUGUAACGAAGGUUACACCGGCAAUGCUUUCAGCUAUUGCCAUGUCAUCGGCUGUCGCUCAGACGAGGAAUGCCCCGCUACUGAAGCGUGUAUCAACAAACAAUGUACCGAUCCUUGCCCGUACACACAGUGCGGCACGAACGCCAUCUGUCGCGCCGACUACAAUCACAAGGCACGCUGUCACUGUCCAGACGGUUAUCGCGGCAAUCCUUUGGUGCGCUGUGAACGACCUGAAUGCACACGCGACGACGAAUGCGCCUUCAAUUUGGCCUGUAAGAAUGAACGUUGCGAAGAUCCCUGCAAUUGUGGUGUGGGCGCGCAGUGUCGUGUCGACAAUCAUCGCGCACAAUGUCGCUGCCCACCUGGCUACAGUGGCAAUCCGCUGGUUAGCUGUGUGCUCGAAGAACCUAAAGUGGCACCACAAUGUACUAUGGACGCGGAUUGUACCAGCAAGUUGGCCUGCUUCAAUGGAGAAUGUAAGAAUCCGUGCGCUGUAACCCAACCAUGUGGCGCAAAUGCUAUCUGCUCGGUGGUGGACACGUUGCCGUUGCGUACUAUGAUCUGUCAAUGCGAACCCGGUUAUGUGGGUGAUGCGGAUGUGGGUUGUCGUAAAGAACCCGCACGUGAUCAUGGUUGCCAAUCGAAUAGCGAAUGUCAAGAUACGGAAGCCUGCCGCAAUGGCGCCUGUGUAAAUCCUUGUAUUGAUGCCUCACCUUGCGCCCGCACAGCCGAAUGCUUAGCUCAGCGUCAUCGUGCCGUCUGCAGUUGUCCACAGGGCACACAAGGUGAUCCAUUCACAAACUGCUACCAACCACCUGAUAUCACCGCGGGCUGUAAACACGAUGCGGAGUGUCCAUCAACAACGGCCUGCAUCAAUCAACGCUGUCAAGAUCCCUGCGCUGAGGCGAAUCCAUGUGCUGGCAACGCGGAAUGUCGUGUACGCAACUCGCGUCCAAUAUGCUCUUGCCCCGCCGGCUGGGGUGGUGAUCCGCAAGUACAAUGCUACAAACCGGAAUGCAAGAUAAAUGCGGACUGUCCCUACGAUAAGGCUUGUAUCAAUGAGAAUUGUGUAAAUCCUUGCAGUUAUGGCGACGUACGUUGCGGCACUGGCGCUCAAUGCGCACCACAAAACCACCAAGCAGUCUGCAUAUGUCCGCCGGGCACACAAGGCAAUCCGUUUGUCUCGUGCAUCACCGGUCACUGCCAAUACAAUGAAGAUUGUGCCGAUCAUGAGGCUUGCGAUCGCUUGAAUCGCGUUUGUCGUCCGGUUUGCGAUGAGGACACCUGCGCGCUAAAUGCCAUUUGCACUGGCAGACGUCAUCAGCCGCAAUGUGAAUGUCGACCCGGCUAUAGAGGCAAUCCGUUCGUACAGUGCGAUGUGCCACGCGAGCCACCAACUAAAGUUGAACCCGAAUGUAAACAGGAUGCUGAUUGUCCAUCUCAAUUGGCUUGCAUUAAUCAGCGUUGCGCCAAUCCUUGUGCCACACCACAUGUUUGCACGCCACAACAGACCUGUCACGUAUUGGAUACGCUGCCUUUGCGUACCAUGAUCUGCAAGUGUCCGAGCGAUACGAUCACCGAUAAUUCGGGUAAUUGCGUACCAAUCAAACAUGAAGUAGUCAGCGGUUGUCAGAGCAACGAUGAAUGCGGUAAUACCGAGGUCUGCCAACGUGGUGUGUGUAUCGACGCUUGCCGAUUGGAACGCUGCGGUGUAAAUGCGCAAUGUCGCUCACGCGAUCACUAUGCCGAAUGCACGUGUGCACGUGGCUACGAAGGCAAUCCACGCGUCGAGUGCCAAUUGAUCGUACACGAACAACCGAAAACACCGAACGCUGAAUGCACAAAGAACGAUGACUGUCCCUACGAUAAGACGUGUAAGAAUGAACGCUGUGUAAAUCCUUGUGUGGAAGAUUCUUGUGGACGCGGUGCCUAUUGCCAUGUACAAAAUAGAGAACCGGUAUGCCGUUGCCCAAGCGGUUUCACCGGCGAUGCACGUGUUGCUUGUGUACCACCUCCAGACGUAUCUACCAUAGGUUGCAAAUCCAAUUCCGAUUGCUCACUCAGUGAAUCUUGUGUCAACGAACGUUGCAUUAAUCCUUGCAAUUGUGGCCCGAAUGCCGAGUGUAUUGUACGUAAUCACCACCCGGUUUGCUACUGCCAACCUGGCUACUCUGGCAAUGCACAAUUCGGUUGCUUACAAAUUGGCUGCCAAUCGGACGAUGAAUGUUCAUCGGAUCAACAAUGCGUGAAUCGUGAAUGCGUGAAUCCUUGCUUGAUCAGUGAUCCGUGCGCACUUAAUGCCGAAUGCUUUGGUCGUAAUCAUCGCGCUACCUGUCGCUGUCCCGCCGGCUUGGAAGGUGAUCCAUUCCAACGUUGUGUACGUGUCGAAUGUCACUCAGACUACGAUUGCGCUACGAAUCAAGCUUGUGUACGAAAUCAAUGUGUGAACCCCUGUCAGGAUAGCCCAUGCGCACAAAAUGCCAUUUGUCAAGCAUUGCAACAUCGCGCUGUUUGCCGCUGCCCCGAGACUAUGCCGCUCGGCAACCCUUACGCUUAUUGUGAACGCCGUCCUGUAGAACCAGUUUGUCGCGACGAUGGCGAUUGCCCAAGUCGCUUGGCUUGCAUCGAUAGUAAAUGUCAGAACCCAUGUACCAUACUCUCACCAUGCGCAAGCUCCGCAAAAUGCAGUGUACUGGAUAGUGUGCCUGUACGCACUAUGGUAUGCGAAUGCCCCGAAUCUUAUGUACCGGAUGCGCGAGGUGAAUGUAAACCGAUCAUACUGCAGAGUCCACCAGGCUGCAGUAGUGAUGCCGACUGUCCGGAUCAAGAGGCGUGUAUCAACCGUCAGUGCCGAAACCCAUGCAACUGUGGCACCAACGCUAUUUGUCAAGUACAAAAUCAUCGCGCCACAUGCUCUUGCCAAGACGGUUACGAAGGCAAUCCCUAUGCAUUCUGUCGCACCAUUGGCUGUCGCAUAGAUAGUGAAUGUGACUCCGGUAAGGCCUGUAUCAACGGCAAUUGUAUUAAUCCCUGCUUAGUCAACGAUCCUUGCGGUAUCAACGCCGAAUGCUAUGUGCAAUCUAACACCGCUAUGUGUCGCUGCAAGAGUGGUUAUCGUGGUAAUGCUUACGAGCGUUGUCGUGUCAUUGGUUGUCUAACGAAUAACGAUUGCCCCUCUGACAAGAUGUGUCAAAAUGAACAGUGCGUCAAUCCUUGUAUUUACCACAAUACUUGCUCACCACGCGCCGAGUGCCGCGCGCAAAACCAUUUGGCUGUCUGUCGCUGUCCCGCUGGCUUCCUAGGCAAUCCAUACGUGGACUGCCGUCCAGAACCACAACCUAUGUGCAAAGUAGACACAGAUUGCCCAGCACGCUUGGCAUGCAUCAACGAUGAGUGUGUCGAUCCUUGUCUCACUCUGGAACCAUGCAACCGUCCAGCACAAUGUGAAGUGACACCAACGUCGCCUGUACGUACUAUGAUCUGCGUCUGCCCCGACGGCUACAUAAGCAGCGGCAGUGGCACCUGCAAACCGACAAAGACAAUUGUGGAAGUAGGCGGUUGUAUAGCCGAUUCAGAGUGUGCCACAGAUAAGUCCUGCGUAAAUGGCAUCUGUCGCGAUCCCUGCAAUUGUGGCUUGAACGCUGAAUGCCGCAUUAAGGACCAUAAACCGGUAUGUACUUGUCGUCAAGGUUACGAGGGUAACCCUGAAUUCGAAUGUUCCAAGAUUGAAUGCGCUAUAAAUUCGGACUGUCCAUCUACGCACGCCUGUCGCAAUCAACUUUGUGUGCCCGUUUGCCAAGGUGAGCGAUGCGGCACAAAUGCUGAAUGUCUAGCAGUUGAUCACCGCGCUGUAUGUGAAUGUGUGCCCGGUUUCCGUGGCAAUGCGCGCAUCGCCUGUACACCACUUGGCUGUCGUACCGACGGUGAAUGUCCAUCAGACAAGGCUUGUGUAAAUGGCAAAUGUGAGAACCCCUGCGAUACAAAGGCGAUCUGUGCAUAUGACGAAAUUUGCAAGGUCUACAACCACCAGCCGGAAUGUGCAUGUCCACCGGGUACUAUUGCGCGUCGCAACGGCUGUGAACCGCUACGUGACAUACCGAUUUGCCGCUACGAUGGCGACUGUCCAAGCCAAACUGCCUGUAUAGGUGGCGAAUGCGUCAAUCCAUGCAAUGCAACACAUCCUUGUGGAGUUAAUGCCGACUGUCGUGUCUUAGAUACUGUGCCAGUGCGUACAAUGAUCUGCGAAUGUUUGGAGGGAUACACCGGCAAUGCGGCCAUACAGUGUGACAAACGCUCAUUGUGUGUGAUUGAAAAAGGCUUCGUACGCGAUGUCGACGGUCAAUGUGUCUGCCCGCCAGGCACUGCUUUGGACAUAUAUGAAUAUUGCGCGCCCUGCCUGCCCGAACAAGGCUUCAAGAUCGACGAAAAUGGACGCUGUGUAUGUGCGUUGGAGCGUGGUAUGGUCAUCGAUGAACGUGGACGCUGUAUCUGCCCGACAGAUCAUGGAUAUCGACUCACACCAGCUGGCGAAUGCAUAGCAGAAGAUCAGCCUGGCUGUGAAACGAACGAAGACUGUGCAGACAAUCGCUUCUGCAACACACGUACGAAGACCUGUGAGGAUCCUUGUCUGCAAAAGGUAUGCGGCGUAAAUGCCUUCUGUAAUGCCAUCAAUCAUCGUGCGCAAUGUCAAUGCAUCACCGGCUACACCGGCAAUCCAGAGCUUAUCUGCAAUCACACCAACUUCCGUACAGACUUCCCACGUCCUGAUAUGUUAGUCAGCUGUCUGGCUGAUGGUGUACAAGUCGAAAUACAUAUUACCGAACCCGGCUUUAAUGGCGUGCUCUACGUGAAGGGCCAUAGCAAGGAUGAGGAAUGUCGUCGUGUGGUCAAUUUAGCUGGUGAAAGUGUACCGCGUACGGAAAUCUUCCGCGUACACUUUGGCAGCUGCGGCAUGCAAGCAGUUAAGGAUAUUGCUAGCUUCGUGCUGGUCAUACAGAAGCAUCCGAAAUUGGUUACAUACAAGGCGCAAGCUUACAACAUCAAAUGUGUCUACCAGACCGGUGAGAAGAAUGUCACAUUGGGCUUCAAUGUAUCCAUGCUAACCACAGCGGGCACAAUUGCCAACACUGGCCCGCCACCAAUCUGUCAGAUGCGCAUCAUAACGCACGAAGGUGAAGAGAUCAACUCUGCGGAGAUUGGUGACAAUCUGAAACUGCAAGUUGACGUCGAGCCAGCAACAAUCUAUGGUGGCUUCGCACGUUCCUGCAUUGCCAAAACAAUGGAGGAUAACAUUGAGAACGAGUAUAUUGUCACCGAUGAGAAUGGUUGCGCGACAGAUGCGUCAAUCUUUGGCGAAUGGGAAUACAAUCCCGAUACCAACAGCCUCAUGGCUAACUUCAAUGCUUUCAAAUUCCCCUCCAGCGAUAACAUACGCUUCCAAUGUAACAUACGUGUCUGCUUUGGUAAAUGUCAACCGGUUAACUGUCGCGGCUACAAUGCAUUCGGACGUAGAAGACGUCGUGCUAUUGCCGACAAUUCCACCGACACAACAGCGGUGGCGACCAACACCGGCAUGGAGGGACAAUUGCGCGAGGAGAUAACAAUCUCAUCGAAUGCCAUCUUGACAUUCGAAAAGCGCAGCGGACCUGGCAUCAAUGAUGCGAACAUCAAACCGGCGGCACAGCGUGUCGAAGACAUUUGCGUCUCCAUGGUGGGUCUCAUAAUAGCGCUCGUCAUAACCGCUUUACUGGCAUUGGUAGCGGUCGCCGUAGCCGUCUCCUGUUGGCUAAUGGCCUACCGUCGACGACCCAAAACAUUAGCGCCGCUACCACAUCCGCCAGAGUUCCCCAAUCCGCUAUUCGCGAAUCCCGAAGCUGUGCCAGAACCCACACCCGAUUAUCUAUCAUAAGCAAUGAUAAACGAGAGUAAAUAUGCAAAUAGUAAAUAGUUUAGUUAAGAAAUUAAUUGAAUGCAAGUAAAUUAGAAUUUAGUAAAGAAACAAUGUAUAGAAAUUGAAAUAUUUGAGAAGCACGUGCAAAAAGUUGAGAGCACUAAUUAUAGGUAAUAUGAGAGCAGCUAUUUGCUAUAAAAAAAAUAUUUGAAAACGUGCAAAGAAAAACAAAAGUGUCAAGAAGCAGCAUAAAAUUGCUGAAUAACAAGAAAAAUCAAAUGAAAACUGGAUGGUCAAAAUUUGCUAGAAACAUGAAAAUAGCUGUAAUAUAAUAAAUGUAUAGGAUACUACUUCUCAACUCACCAUGACAUUCCUAAAGAGCGUAGCCGAGGUUAGUUAGACGACCGGCUGCGCGCUCGUAUUAUAACUAAUAUGAGAAUUUCAAGUAGCUUUUGGCAAUUUGUGGCAAAAGAGAGUAUGCGAAAACUGCAAGAAAGAAGAAAAAAGAAAAUAUGUUUUAUUUGAGUAAUUUUGUACAGAUUUAAUUUAAAGAAAGAAAAUUUUAAUAUUUUUUUAAGUACUCUUAGUAGCAGCCAAUUUUAUGAAAAUGUAGCUAGAAACAAAAACAAAAACAAAAUAACUAAGAACAACUGCCAAAGCUAUAACACUGCUAACGUUUAGAGGAUAAACAUAACAAAGAGGCGCGAAAAGGCAUUUCGCAUAAUUGCAGAAGCAAGAGAUAUCGGGAAAGUUCUCCAAACUAGAGGCCAAAUGUCACAGCAAAUACAGUUUUAGCGAAGCUACGAAGGAAUUCUCGUCUAACAAUACAACUUCUUCAUUAGUCGAACUACACACAAACACACAUAUAAUACACAAACACACACGCAAUAAAGCAAUUGCGCUGCCACUUACCUAUACAAACUACCUAUAUAUUAUAGCAAUUAAGUGACUUGUCUUCCUAUAAAAAACGAAACGAAAGUAGUUACAUACAUAUAUAGCAUAGCAGAACUGUGUAGGUGGUGGGGUACUUCGACACUAAAGCUCUAUAUUUAUACAUAUAUGCACUUGUAUUAUAGAAAAAAAUUGCACACAAACUAAGUAAAUAGUUACAUAUAUAUACCAAACAUAUAUGGAUAUGUAUGUAGUUAUAUAAACACCUUUCCUAUAAUUUUAAAAGGACUAACCAAGAAACUGCCCUUAGAGACGAAGCAUAAGCAGAGAAUUUGUAAAAAAAUCAAAAAUACUCCAAUGCACAGGCAGCAAGGCAGUGUGCUAAAAGACGCUUUACGCUUAAAAAAUAACAGAAAACCAAUUAGGUGGCAACACUUCCACAAAAAUUUACGAAUGUUGAAAUCGAAAUUUCAAACACACAAAACAAGCAUUCAAAAUGUUUAUUUAUUUUUGUGCAACAAAUAAAUUAAACUAACUGUACUUUGUGGUAACACACACAAGUAGUAAAAAUUCAAGAAACUGGAGAAAGUGCGCGUAAAGCGUUUGUAACGUUUGUCAAGGAAGAGCCGAAGUUGCCCCUACACUGCCUUUAUCAUGUAAAAUUUCUGAUUUAAAGAAUUUUUACAUUUAAUUUUGACGCGUAAGUUAAAAAGCAACAACCAUAUAGCUGCCUAAGAGAAGAAAACGGUACAUUUUAAAUAAAAAAAAAUAUAUAUAUUUUUGCUACUUAAUAUUUCUUCCUACUCCCCAAAAAGCGACUAAUGGAGGAUUUGCCUAAAUAAUUUUAUUAUUAUUGUUAUAAUUAUUAUUAUUAUAUAUGAAAAAACGAUUAUAUAUUUAAUGCGUAUUAUUAACUUUUUUGUAUUAAAUAACUAAUUAACAUAUUUAAAUUAACAGAAGCGUGUUAGUCAAGUGCGUUAAAGUAAAAAUAAUUAUUAUAUUUUUUAUUUAAUUUUUUUUAUUCUUUUUCGUUUUUUUUAAGUUUCAUUGUUUUUAAUAAUUUAUAAUAUUUUGUAUGCUUGUUGUGAUUGCGAAAAGCGUAAGCAGAGAGAAGCAAACCUUAAGUUAAAAUAAUUGAAUAAAACAAAACGCGAAAAAUGUACUAUAUAUGAAAAGUAUACUAAAACACAACUAAAAAAUUAAAAAAAAAAAUUAAUUAAAAA